AUGGGCUUCCUGAAGCAGCUCGAACUGCAAGACUUCAAGUCAUGGCGGGGCCGGCAGCUCAUCGGCCCCUUCAAACGGUUUAACUGUGUAAUCGGCCCCAAUGGCUCAGGUAAAGGUCUGCCCUGACUGACAGCCAGGGGCCACAGAGACAGCCAGGGGCCACAGGCAGCCACAGAGACAGCCAGGGGGCACAUGGCCACACUCCACUCUCACCUUUAGUUGUGCUACUUUCCUGUAAUUUAUUAUAAAAUGUCCUCCUUUAUACUGUAAAGUGUUGCAGAAUAAGUUAGCACUGUAUAAAUGCCAGUAAUAAUAGGAACAAUAUAGGGUGGGGGUAACAUGAGGUACCAGGGUCAAAACUAUGGGGGCACUGAUAAUUUUCACUAUGGUGGUGGUGAGGUGGGUAAUGUGCCAACUUUUCUGGGCUGGCUAAUGACACCUCUUAAUUUUCAUAUUUAAACAGUUUUACAGAUAAUUCCCCUAUUUGCUAUAUUUAUGUCGGAUUUCUGUAUUUAAGAACACCAAAUAAGGGAGGUGUCUGCGAAACAUCACCCUAAUUGUGGAUUAUUCUAGCCUUGGUGAAUAAAUAAUCUAAAGAGCAAAUAAACAGUUAACAGAAGCUGAAAAGAAACAACCAAUCAGCACAAAGACAGGCAUAUAAUAUUUAAAAAUGGAGUAACCAAUCAACACUACCAAAGCGAGAUCCAACGGUAACCGAACAAAUCUGGAUUAAACUGGAAAAAGAGAAAACUUUAUGAAAGUAAACUGUAAUUGCAGGGUAUCAUAGAGAUGCAUUAAUUCAAUGCAAUUCAGCGCUGAUUGGCUUGAUGAUAUUAAGGUCUGGAGACCGUGAUGGCCACAACAGUCAUUUUUUUCUGCUGUAACCACUGGGGGGGGGGGUCAAUUUGGCCUUAUGCUUCGGAUCAUUGUCAUGCUGGAAAGUCCAAGAGCGUCCCAUGCGCAGCCUUCGUGCAGAAGAAUGCAAAUUGUCUGACAGUAUUUUCUGGUAACAUGCUGUAUUCAUCUUGCCAUCAAUUUUCACAAGAUUCCUAGUGACCCAAAACAUCAGUGAGCCAUUACCAUGUUUCACAGUGGGGAUGGUAUUCUUUUCACUAUAGGCCUUGUUGACCCCUCUCCAAACAUAGUGCUUAUGGUUGUGACCAUACAGCUCUAUUUUGGUCUUCUCACUCCAAAUUACAGUGUGCCAGAAGCUGUGACUCGUGUCAAGGUGUUAUUGGGCAUAUUGUAACCAGGCUUUUUUGUGGCAUAGACGUAGUAAAGGUUUCUUUCUGGCCACUCGACCAGGCAGCUCAUUUUUGUUCAAGUAUCGUCGUAUUGUGUCCUUGAAAACCACACCGUCUUUUUACAGAGCAGCCUGUAUUUCUCCUGAGGUGCCCUGUGGGGUUUUCUUUGUAUCCCAAACAAUUCUUCUGGCAAUUGUGACUGAAAUUUUUCUUGGUCUACCUGACCAUGGCUUGGUAUCAAGAGAUCCCAGAGUUUUCCACUUCUUAAUAAGCGAUUGAACAGUACUGAUUGGCAUAUUCAAGGCUUUGGAGAUCUUUGUAUAUCCUGUUCCAUUACCUUGUUACGGAGGUCUUUUGACAGUUAUUUUCUGCUCCCCAUGGCUCAGUAUCUAGCCUGUCCAUCCACGUGACAGCUACAAACUAUUCAUACACAGACACUGUCACGAACGCACCCUACUUCAAGAGUGUGCGUUACGUAGUUGUGGUGGUGAAAGCGUUAAAGUUCACUAUUUAUCUGCACUAGACUGGAAAUAAUGACAAAAUCCCCCGUAACCCCACACAAACAUAAUAAUAUAGCUAUUACCAUUUGAACGUUGCCACCUCCAAGACAAUUUAUAAAUGGGGUUCCUUGGUCCCCCAGGUAAAUCAACAAUAAUAAAAACCCAUCAAAUGUUACUUAAAGCGGCACUGUCAUUACGAAUCCCGUUUUUUGGGGGGGAGGGGGAGUUUAACCCUCCUCCCGCUUCCACUACAUCCAAUUGACCCCCUAGUCACCCCCAAAUGUCCCUAAGCCCCCCAUAUUCCCUAUUUUUUAUCUUUAUUUUCUGCCCCGAUCGUUAUUCAGGGUGCCGCCAUCUUUGUGUGGGUAGAUGAAGUCCCUGUGGGACACGUUAUCUGCCCACACUAGAUAGACUGUGAGAUUCCCGCACAUGCCCAGUGACACAACCUGGACAUGCGAACAGGAAUUUCAUCUAUUCAUUCAUCAGACAGACCAAUGAAUGAAUAGAAAAAUCAGCCGAACAAACUAACACUGUGUAUCAGCGUUCGUUUGUUCGUUCAGUUUAUUACAAGCUCCCUCCUUGUGUAAUAUGUAACUAUAGAAGCGGCAGGGAGCAGUGCUCCCUGCCACUUCCUAAGCCCCCCAGGUCCCACCCCUCACUCUGUGGGGAUCAAUAUGACCCCCAUAAUAGCAUAAGGGAGAUUAAAAUCUCCCCAAUGCCCCUACUCGCUAUACCGUGAGUAAGGGCAUGUCUACUAAACAGCCUGUGCCUGCUAACUGUAACAAAAAAAAACCUGCUAUCCUGCCCCCACCCCUGAGCGGCGAGUCGGGGCCAUAAAUUACAAUGGGGGGGAUGGGGACCUACUGUCCUCCCCCCCCCGGCCCCCACCCUUAAGCGGCGGGUGGGGGCCAAAUGAUAAUGAGGGGGGGCGACCUACUGUCCUCCCCCGGCCCCCACCCCUGGGAGGCGGGUGGGGGCCAUAAAGAUAAUGAGGGGGGGACCUACUGUCCUCCCACCCCUGGGUGGCGGAUGGGGGCCCUAAGUCAAAUUCCCACCCCCCCUCAUCAAAGGUGACUAGGGGUCCCCAAGCCCCUAGUCACCCACCCCCUCAUCCAAAUAAAAAGGCCCCUACCUACCCCCCCCCACCCUAAAAAAUAGUGAGGGGGGAAUAAAAUUACUAACCUGUAAAGUAAAAUUAAACGUACCAUUCAACAUCUUUUUUCUAAAAUCUUCGUUUUUCAGCCCCAAAAAAGGCCAAAUAAAAAACCAUCAUACCCGUCGAACUUAAAAUAAAAUAAAAAACCCAAGCGCAAAAAAAUAAUCCAUCUUCACCCAUGGAGGGCUCCGUGCAGACUGAGCUCUGCAGGGCGGGGGAAGGCUUAUAAAGCCACGCUGUGUAAAAUGACAAAGAGCACUCUGAUUGGCUUAAACCCACCAAUCAGAGUGUUCUUAGCCUAAUUGCAGGCUUAAUUAAAAGAUUGGGCUCGUCCCAUUCAUAAUAUAAUAAAAAUGAGGCUUAAUUAUUAACCUGUGGGUAAGUAUUAAUGUUUCUCUUGGAUAUGAUACUGGAACCCAAAGGUCUUCAUGAAACUAAUAUCAUUACUAUAUCAAAGGAUUGAACUAUCACUUGAGAGUUUCAGGCCAUAUGGUCAAAGUCUGUUAGUUUACAUUGAAACUAGACAUACAGGCUGUUCAAGUGUAAAAUGUCUCACCUUGUAGGGCCUUUGAUAGAUCAAAAGGGCAAUCCUUUUCACACCUUGCAGAAGUCCCUUUUGAUCUAAUGAGCAAAUUCUCUCUGCCAUUUGUCCUCUACCCAGGGGUCAAAUUAUUGAUGCACUACACAAGUUAUAUUAAAUAGCAAUAUUCCAUAGUGUAAUAAUAAAUUAUGCACCCUUGCCGUGACAGAUACUAAUUGCAAUUUAAAAAGCCACAGUUGUGGGAAAGUAACCUUUAAUUGUAAUUUUAACCUGUGUGUGUGUGUCACCUUCUGUUAUCAUUUUGAUUUAAAAUGGAGCCAAACAACUAUGUGAUAAUAAAUGGCUUCAUAUGAUCACUAUCCUUCAAUAAAAGAUGUUUUUGCAUGAUCAGUCAUAUUUUUAAAAUAAAUGCCGACAUUUCACAAUUUUUGCCAGGGUAUGCAAACUUGUAAGCACAACUGUAGGUCUUAAAAUUGCACUCUCAAUAGAGAACUAAUAGACAACUAGUAUUAAUGCUCUCUUGUAGAAUAUUUUCUUUGGGGAUAGCCACAUUUGAGCCUCCUUUUGUCUGGUCGGCUCACAGAUACCACACUUCAAGUAUUGGCAUUGAUCUGGCAAGGUGAAGGCUUUACUAGUCAAAUAUAGUACUGCUACUACAUCAGUUGACUGUAUUGAUAAAGAUCAGACCAUUCAUUUUUUGCUUGGUUACAUGUAUCCUAAGGGGAUAUAGAAGCAUUAAAUGUGACGGCAGAUGAGAACCAUUCGGCCCAUCUAGUCUGCCCAAUUUUCUAAAUAAACAUAUCACAAUUAUUUGUAGCAUUUUCCUCCAAGAGCAUUCUUGCGUUCCCCAAAAUGCAGAGUGACUCAGCUGGAAAAAUUUAGAAUUGCAUCAUCAUUAUUGGGGAUGCAUAACUCCAUGCAUUUUGUAAUUGUUUAUGCACAUACUUUAGGUGUUCAUUGUUCGCACAUCCACGUUACUUAAAGGAACACUCCAAGAGACUUCAUCACUAGAGUGCACUGAAUUUUUUUGGUAAAUGUGUGAUUGGUCUGAGCUAAGCCGUGCACCGUUGGGCUUAGCUUAGGCAUAGACUUACUGACUGAGAGGAGGAGGCAGGGAGUGAUGCCAGGAGAACCCCAGGUAAGAUGUUGAAUGCUUACUAUAUGGUCUGACUAUUUAGUUGGGGAGGAGAGUGCAUUCCUGGCACCAUAACCAGAUAUGUCUGGUUUCCAAGUACAUCCUUUGUAAUGCUUGGAGUGUUCCUUUAAAUAUUUCUACUAAAGCUGUAUAUGAUUUUUAAAUGUCGACUUCCCAACCAGCUAGGAGAAUGGCGUUCGGGAGUCGACAUUGCCCCGCAUUCGACUCCCGAACGCCAUACAAAAUUCUAUCGAAACUAGCACUGACCUGUGGAUAAGUCAACUCUAAAUUUAAAAAUGAAGUUUAGAACUAAAAUUUUUUUACUUAUACACUAGUAUAUACAGUAGUUAUGAUGUACCCUUUAUCCAACUUUUCUAGUUUCACAGCUCCGCUGAAUCUAUUAAAUGACAAUGUGUAUGUUAUUUUGUGUUUGCCUUAUAUGUAGAGUUAUGAAUUAGUAAAGUGUCUUCCAGCCUCCUGUCCUACCUUGUAGGCAUGUUUGUUUUUUCAAUAAUUGCACUGUAUUUAUUUUUAAAGGAAAAUCUAAUUUGAUGGAUGCACUGAGUUUUGUAAUGGGAGAGAAGACGGCAAACCUCAGGGUAAAACAUGUACGGGAACUUAUUCAUGGAUCAAAUAUUGGGAAACCAGUGUCUUCUACAGCAAGUGUUCACUUACUCUAUUGUGAGGAGAAUGGAGAGGAAAAAAUGUUUUCACGAAUCAUAGUAGGUAAGCAUUUUCUCUUUAGGUUUACCCUUCUGGCACUAAAAACGUGUGGCUUAGAAUUUCAGUAAUAUGGAUGCAUUUUCCUUCAAGGGAAUUCCUGUGAGUAUCGGUUAAACAACAAGUCAAUAGGUCGCUCAGCAUAUAUUUUGGAACUUGAAAAAAUUGGGAUUAUUGUGAAAGCCAGAAACUGUCUAGUAUUUCAGGUACGUUAUUAAUUAAUAUGUUUGUCCUAAUGAUUGCCAGAGGUUUAGCAACCACUGUGAUACUUGGAAAAUAUAUGAUCAUGUGGCAUAUGCUGCUGAUCUGCACCCACCUGUGAUAUAUCUCAGUCCUCUGUGGUGUUUACCCCUUAAAAAUCAAGACACUUUUUGAGAUACUGUGCAUUAAUAACCAAGGCCCUUUUGUGAUGUGUUUGGAUGCCACCCCCCCAUGGUUAAAGAGUGAUAAGUGCCUUAGAAUAAAUGUUUGUCUCUAAUGACUAGUUGUUGACUUUCAUACUUUAUUGAUGGCUGCAGCUGAGCUUCUAAUUGUGUCAAUCCCUUCAGGAUAUGGGGAUGUUUUUUAGUUUAAUGUACAACUAACACCUCAGAACUAUAUAUAUAUAUAUAUAUAUAUAUAUAUAUAUAUAUAUAUAUAUAUAUAUAUAUAUAUAUAUAUUUUUCCAAUAUCAUUUCAAGUGCCUGAAAAGUUUCUUUAAAUAAGACAACUCCCAGCCUAGUCAUAUAUAUAUAUAUAUUUUUUAAAUUUGUAGUUAUGUAGGUACGUGUAGAUAUGUGAGAGGGUUAAGACUUUACAAAUAUAUUGGUUGUUGACUUUUCACCCAUGCGAUUUAAGUGUUUAUCUUGUCUAUGUAAAUAUCUUCAAAUUAUUUUAAAACAAACACGCCACUUUCAGGGUACAGAUCCUUCAGACAUGAUUAGUCUGCUCUCUCAAUGUCUCCUAUCACCAAAAAUUGGUAGUAGUAUUGUAUAAAAACCCUAAAUGUUUAAGCUGGAAGAAAAGAAAAUGGGAAAACAAUUCCUAACCACCUUUACAUCAACAUAAAGGAAAACUAUAGGGUCAGGAACACAAACCUGUAUUCCUGACCCUAUAGUGUUAAAACCACCAUCUAGCUCCCCUGCCCCUUGCUUUUCUUAUUACCUUUACUCCAGUCACCUGCUGCUGGCUCUGCCCCUGAUCUGCCUGCUUGACUGACAUCAUCAGAAGUGAUUAUCUCAGCCAAUCACAAUGCUUUUACAUAGGAAAGCAUUGGAUUGGCUGAGCUUGUCAAUGAGGCAGAUCGAGGGCAGAACCAGCACAUGCCAAACACCCCUGGCCAAUCAGCAUCUCCUCAUAGAGAGAAACUGCAUCUAUGUGAGGAAAGUUCAGUGUCUGCAUGCAGAGGGUGGAACACUGAAUGCAAGUCACACUGCGCAGCACUGCCCAAGGAAGCUCCUCUAGCAGUCAUCUGAGGAGCGGCCAGUGAAGGUAUCCCUGGGCUAUAAUGUAAAACACUGCAUUUUUUCUGAAAAGACAGUGUUUACUGCAAAAAGCUUGAAGGGAAUGAUUAUACUAAACAGAACAAAUACAAUAAGCUGUAGUUCUGGUGACUAUAGUGUACUUUUAAAUACAAAAAUGUUAAAAUAAAUAUCUAAGUUAUGAAAAAAUAAGAAAAUAAAAAAAUGGAGCGUAUACAAAGGCAGCUAUACAUUGGACACUCACACCAUCAGCAGACCACUAAUACAAUAUAAAUUAAGUCAAGUCUACAACUACAGUGUAGCAGCCAAUAUACAUAUUCAUAUACAAAACAAAAUAUAUAAUAGUGAAGUAUUGUUGAGGUGAACCAUAUUGUCUAGAUAGUUUUCCCUGCUAGUCAGAUUUGAUCCUACUUCAUGUCUAGGCAGGUUAUCAUAGCCUGCUUAUAAUAUUAAAACUGUGCAGUGCUUAAACCUUUUCUUACCGUUAAGGACCAGGGCUGUUUUUACAUUUCUGCAGUGUAUGUGUUUAGCUGUAAUUUUCCUCUUACUCAUUUACUGUACCCACACAUAUUAUUUACCGUUUUUCUCGCCAUUAAAUGGUCUUUCUAAAGAUACCAUUAUUUUCAUCAUAUCAUAUAAUUUACUAUAACAAAAAUUAUAACAUAUGAUGAAAAAUGUUUCAAAAACACACCUUUUCUAACUUUGACCUCCAAAAUCUGUUACGCAUCUACAACCACCAAAAAACACCUGUGCUAAAUAGUUUCUACAUUUUGUCCUGAGUUUAGAAAUACCCAAUGUUAACAUGUGCUUAGCUUUUUUUUGCAAGUUAUAGGGCAAUAAGUAAAAGUAGCACUUUGCUAUUUCCAAACCUUUUUUUUUUUUUUUUUUUAAUUAACAAAAGUUACAUUGCAGCACUGAUAUAUGUCUGUAAUCCCUGAUUAACCCUUCACAUGUAUAUAUUUUUUAAAAGAAGACAACGUAAGGUAUUAAACUUGGGGUAUUUUUACUCUUUUAAUGCAACCAUUUUACCACCAAUCUAUGCCAAAUGUAAAAAUAAAUAAUUAAUUGGUGAUUAUAUAUUUUUUUGACACACGUAGCAAGUUAAGAAUACAUGUACUGAGAAAUUUAAGGGUUACGGCCAAAGAAUACAACCAAUAUGUGUUCAGCAACAUUUCCUGAGUACAGUGAUACCCCCAUGUAUAGGUGUUGGGUUCUCUGGGAGCUAAAAGACCUUAUUUGGCGGGUGCGCAUUCCAGUUUUCCAACUUGGAAUUCUCACAGCUGGUCAUCAUGCACCCAUGUCCUAUAUGGGACAUUUUUGAAGCUGGCCAAUGUAAUUUACCCCCAUCAAGCUAUAUAUUUUUAAAAAGUAGACACCCUAGGAUAUUUCAAAUGGUGGUAUUUUAACACUUUCCAUGCACUAAUUCUACCACCAGUCUUUGUCAAACCUUUAGUUAGUAAUUUUUGUGUGUCAUUUUUCUCUCACAUUGUACUUUAGGUAUGGAUUCUCAGUUCCUGUUAUGUUGUUCUGGUGACUAAAGUGUCAAUUUAAGUGGUUAAUAGACCAUACACUAAAGCACUUGUUCAUAUUUCCUGAUGGUGGAAAAUUAUUAUUCAUUUUUUGUGGUUGUUUGUAAUAAAUCUUCAAAUGGUUGUAUUUGUUGGCUAUAUUUACACUUUGGGGAGAAUUAUACAAUUGUUGCAAACAAAUGUUAAGCCAAUUUUGAAACAAUCCCCUUGGAAACAAAUCAAGUCUACAACUACAUUGCAUCGACAUUAAAUCAAAAUAGUACAAAUUAUAAUAAAUUGGUUUUACUAUUUUGAUUUCAUUUUGGGAUGUAUAGACUUUUCUUCACAUUGGGUCAUUAACAUACAGGCUCAUUUCACCCUCUGUUAGGGGCAAAGAUGCAUGUAUAUUUUCCCACUGUGAUUAUUGUGAAUCUAAAUAUGGAUAUCUUUUACAAUACAUAUUUGCUUUCUUUGCUUCUUGGAGAGUGCAGUAUCACUAAUAAAUCUGUCAGCCUCUGUUCACACCACACCUAACAUCUGGAUUGUGAUUUGUAAUGUUGCACAAUGGUUUCCUCAGAAUGAACAUCAGUAUACUGGAGCUUGAGAAGGGAAUCAUUUUACAGCCCAUUUUGUUGUGUAAUGAUAGGGAGAAGUUGAAUCCAUUGCAAUGAAGAAACCCAAAGAGAGAACACACCUUUUUGAACAAAUAAGCAACUCAUUCGAGUUAGCGCAAGAUUAUGAGAAAAAGAAAAAACUAAUGCUACAAGCCGAAGAAGAUGCUCAGUUUGUCUACAGUAAAAAGAAAAAUGUUGCAGCUGAGAGGAAGCACGCCAAGCUGGAGAAGGAAGAGGUGCUCUGGCUUUCCCUUUGCUUGUGUUUCUGUCUGUACUUGGUCUUAAUUUUCUUCCAAUUUACCCAAUUUUUCUUGCAAUCAACUGUUUACUUCCCAUUCUUUAUAGUUACUGGUUUGGAAGAAAGGUUUUCAGGAUAGGAUAGGUGGUGUAUAACAUAUCUCACUCUGUAUUAUCUGUAUCCAAGAGGUGCCUCUGACAGGCUAAGGCAGAGGUGGCUAGGAAUUAGCCAUACAGCCAAUAAAGCAAAAUGGGUUAAGGAGUACUUAGGUUUGGAGAAUUAGAGUACAGAUUACAGGGCAGCAUCUUAUGUCCUAACAUGAAGUGAAAUGCUUUCUCUAGUACUGACAUAUUGCCAGGUCCUUGUGUGAUGAUGUAUAAAAACCACCUCCAUUUGAAGGUAUUGCAGAUAAUUUGUUUCCAGGUAAAUAAAUGCGAGUACCUGACUAAUUUCAGGUAUUAAUUGAAAUUGGUAGUAGUUGCCUUUAACAGCUUUAGUUGAUAAUGGGGUAAUUGCGCAACACAUUCUAUUAUUUAUGGUUCUUGGAAAAAUUAUGAGAUAAGGAGUAGGGGUGGUUGAAUUUUAUUUAUCUUCCUUUUGUUAUAAGAAGGAAUGGGAAAAAAAAGACAGAACAACACUUCAAGGGAAUUUUGGUCCAAAAAUCUAUUUUCAAUAAGUACUUUUAAUAAAUUGUGUUGUGCAUUCUGCAAUCUCUUCUUUUGAUGCAUUCACUUGUGUUAAUUUAAAGAUGAAAGAUAUUGUGCAUGUUUCUGUAAUUAAAUUAUAGUUAUUAAAAGGCUGAACUUGAUGGACGCAUGUCUUUUUUCAGCCUGUGUAACUUUGAUUUUAAGGGUUUUAAUCAAAAUGGACAGUUAAAAAAAAAUGCUGAGUGAUGCUUUAAUAGAAGAACGCCCAUAAGGAUCCAAAACACACAAAUUGCAUAACGUAACAUUGCAAACAUAGCAAGUGGAAAAUGAAAACAGGUCAGACUGAACUGGAUAGCAAUGCUAAUUGCUAUAUCUGUAACAUAGAAAAAUAUAUCACAUUAACCCAAGUUUUAGGUGAUUUUCUGUGCAUUCCUCAUAAAGUAGCAAAUAAGCUGACGGUUAAAUAGCUGUGAUGUCACGAAUGCUGCCACAGAGGGUUGGUUAAACUACAUACUGCCCCUGAUAGACGUAUUCUCUUGUUUGUUACAGGCAGAGCGUUACCAAAUGUUGCUUAAGCAGCUAAACGAAAGCAAGGUGAAGCUUCAGCUAUUUCAGCUUUAUCAUAACGAGCACAAAAUUGAAACUUUAGAGAAUCAUUUGGAAGAAAAGUAUAGUGAUACCGGUAGUCAAAAAGAGCAGCUUUCUCUCUCUGAAUUUGCACUAAAAGAGGAAAAAAAGAUUCUUGGCAGACUAAACCGAGAUCUGCAGCAGAUUGAGAAGGAAAUAAAGUAAGUGUCGGCUCUGGUGUUUUUACGAAUCAUAGCACUAGCAUAUUUCAUCUAAAAUCGAUUCAUGGAUUUCCAGUCACUGUAAUAAGCUUUUGUAAGAUUCUAGAUCAGUCAUAGAAAUGCAGAUAUUUGUAAACUUUACUUCCAUUGAAUGCUCAGCCAGCCUCCUCCUGGACACAGAAGGAAGUAAGAAAUGGAUCACUUUGUAAUCAGUGUAACAGAAUGCUUUGCAGCUGUAUAGGUGAUGAUGAGUUAUCACUCUUUGAACAUUCAGCAUUCAGAUAAUGUAAGCUGGUGCAGGGAUGAAUAAGAAUGGAUUCUGGCUAAAGAUCACUAACUCUAUUGCUUGUCUUCUAAUUUUGACACCAUUUCUAUAUUUUUGGUCAAACUAUAUUUUUAUUUAUAUAAAGCCUACUUUAUUCUAACGUUUUAAUGGCACUAAUCUUCUGUGAAACUUGGCAAAUUGAGUUUAUUUUACAAGUAAAGAUAGUAUAGUGAUUAUAAUACUAUAACUAUAACAUCCUAUAUAUGUAAGAAUCAAAUAUGUCAUUAAGUCUUGUCUUUUUUUUCUGAAGAGCUCAAGAAAUAGCUUUAAACCAAUCAAGACCACAGUAUAUUAAAGCAAAAGAAAAUACUUCCCACCAUCUCAAAAAAGUGGAAACAACCAAAAAAUCAUUGAAGAACAAUGAGAAGCACUGCUUGAAGCUGGAGCAGGAGAUGAAUGAGCUGGAGGCCGAGGUAGCUGAUGUUCAGAAGGCUUGGAGAGAGUUUGAGAAGAAAGAGGAAGACCAAGCGAAAAUAGAGGGCGAUGUGGAGCUCGUAGAAAGUCAAGUGCGUCAAACAAACAAUAAUAGCAAGAUUUACUAUUGUUUUAGAAAAUGUUUCUAUCCCAUAAUACACUGCACACUUUAUAUUGAGUGCUUAAAUUGGUUUAAUACCAAGGUUUAUAAUGUACAGUGCGCUCCACUCAUAUUGGCACCCUUGGUAAAUAUGAGCAAAGAAGGCCGUGAUAAAUUGUCUACAUUUAACCUUUUGUUCAAAAAAAUACUCUACUACUCUCAUGGAAAUCAAACAAUUGCGAACACAACAUCGAUUUGAGAAGAGUAGCAGCGCCUUGGUGGGGUCCCCAGGUUCAAUUUAAAAUGCAAGAUAAAAGAAACAAGAGGCCUAAUACAUUUUUGUAGUUGAUAGAAAAAUAAAGAAAAGCACUUACAAUUUUCUGGAACUUCUAAAUUGCUCCAAUGAUACAGCCUGAGCGGUAUGAUCCCCGCCUGUGGCUAUACGUAAUCCUGGUCUGAUCAUAUCCUGGGCUAGUAGCCAGCCACAGGUGUGUGAUAGUAGGGUCCCGAAUGAAGUAGGGAGAAGUUCUUGCUUGAAGUGCGAUAACAACAGGUCACCGAUAUGUAAUAUGUGGAGAAUAAAACAAAAUAUAGUUUCUCUUAUCUUGCAUAAUGAUUUGAACUAGACAUGUGCGAUUCGUUUCGGUCCGAAUAUGAAUUCGGACGAAUUUCGGGCAAUUCGGGUACUUCUGAAUUGCCGAGGUGCCGAAAUGACCGAAUUUCUGAAGUGCCGAAGUUCCGAAGCACAGUAUAUUAAUAUACUUAACCAGAAUGUUACAUUGUAUACAAUUUUAAAUAAAAAGUAUACAAACAGCCAGGAUUCAGCUGUAAGCAUUUGACCCACGGUAUUAGGGAGCUAUCUACUAAAAGGCUUAAAGACCUAAAUUGGUCUUUCAGCCAAAUUUACUAAUACUAAAUAAGGAUUACUUAGUAUUAGUAAAUUAUGCCCCUACUCACUAUACCGCAAGAAGGGGCAUGCCGAGCAGUGGGGGCUUUUAAACUAAAGGGGGGACCUGUUGCCCCCCUGGCCCCCACCCCUGAGCGGCGGGUGGGGGCCCUAAUGUAAAAUAAUGGGGGGGACCUAUUAUCCUCCCCCCGGGCCCCCACCCCAUAGCGGUGGGUGGGGGCCCUAAAUCAGAAUAAGGGGGGCGACAUAAUGUCCUGGCCCCAACCACUGAGCGGUGGGUGGGGGCCCUAAAUUAUAAUAAGGGGGGGUGGGACCUAAUGUCCUUCCCUCUGGCCCCCACCCCUGAGCAGUAGUGGGGGCCCUACAGUAAAAUAGGGGGGGGGGACCUAAUAUCCUCCCUCCUGGCCCCACCCCUGAGCGGUGGGUGGGGGCCCUAAAUACUAAUAAGGGAGGUACCUUAUGUCCUCCUUCCUGGCCCCCACCCCUGAGCGGGUGGGGGCCCUAAAUACCAAUGGGGGGGACCUAUUGUCCGGCCCCUAAAAAAAAUUAAAAAAGUUAGCCCCCCCUCCCAGGUGACUAGGGGUCCCCAAACCCCUUGUCACCCCCUCCCCCCACCAAAAAAAAUUAACCCCCUACCUACCCCCCUCACCCUAAAAAUAAUGAAGGGGGGACCUUUAACUAAGUACCUGUAAAAAAAAAAAAAAAACAUUCAAUGUUUUCUUCUAAAAUCUUUUUUCAGCCCCAAAAAGACCAAAUAAAAAACCAUAAUAAUCGACGCACUUAAAAAAAAUUUUUUUUUUUUAAAUCUAUCUUCACCCGGCGAGGGCUCCGUGCAGACUGAGCUCUGCAGGGCGGGGGCAUCCCACUAUUACCCUUCCACCACUCGUUUUUGUAUUCACCACCAGGAGAAAGAGACUCUGGUUUGGGUCAUUCCAGCUGCCUACCAACCUUUUAUACAAGCGCUAAAAAUCCUACUAGUUAUUUACAACAAAGAUUUCUUUAAAAAAAAAUAUAUAUAUUUGUGAAAUAUAAGUGUGGCUGUUACGCUACUUGGGUGAUUUGGAUUGGAACUCAACAGCAGCUUGUAAAACUCCCUAAUAAGCAGAAUACCGAGCGAUCACCUACCAGAUUGCACUGAGCAACCUCCCGUGAUGUCGCAGCGGCAAAAAACGAAAGCAGGGAAGUCGGACCGAGCCUCGUUCUUUCUUACAAAGACCGCGGCCUCCAAGCAGGGUGAGGAGCAAGAUGGCGGCGGCCAAAACAGGCGGGAACACCCCCCCUCACCUCAGACACCACCUGCACAUGCAGAAAAUGAACAGCCCCUGACAAUGAGAGCCAUCAGAGAAAUGAUGGCUGAAUUCUCAGACAAUAUACAGCUGAACAUUAAAAAACAGCUCCAAACACUGACAGCUGAAAUACAUAAGGACAUCCAGGACAUUGGCAACCGCACCUCCCAGAUAGAAACAAAGAUGGAUGAGUAUGCAGUAGCACACAACAGCUUGGCUGACAAACUGCAGGAACUGGAUGACUCCCUAGAAGCCCACAGGUUAAAACUGGCAGACAUGGAGGACAGGGCUCGGAGGAACAACCUCAGAUUCCGGGGGAUCCCGGAAUCUGUACCAAAUGCAGAACUGCAUAACUAUUUAUUAGACAUGUUCCAGUGCCUUACACCAGAAACCCACCCGGAUCAACUCAUCAUAGACAGAGCACACAGGCUGCGCAGACCAAAGCACCUGCCCACGACAGCCACACGUGACGUGAUUGCGAGGAUUCAUUUCUUCCACGCCAAAGAGAGGAUAAUGAAGGCCAGCAGAAAAGCGGAUAUGCCAGAAGCCUACUCUUCCAUCAAGAUCUUUGCGGAUCUCUCAGCGGACACGCUACACUUCAGGAAAACCAUGGGGCCGGUCACCUCCGCCCUGCGGGACCACAACGUGAACUACCGCUGGGGCUACCCGGCCAAACUCUUAAUUUCUUACCAAGACGCAAUACACCCCGUCAACACAGUGGCGCAAGGUAUCCAGCAGCUGAAAGAAUGGGGACUCCCGAUCCAGAACCUACACCCCAUCAAAGCAGCUAAAGUCCCGAGGAUGUCCCCGGAGUGGACAACACAAUGAGAACUGAACAUUCCUACCGACAUACGUAACUAUGUGAUGUAUAUAACAGUUGAUAGAUAGAUGCAUAACCCCGUUAGAGUUGUUCCUGGGAAAACAAAUUGGGUGACACCCCUCUAUAUUCUAUGUACUGCUAGUUGUUAUUUACCGGAGUACAUGUGCAAGGCAUAACAGAAAGCGUUGUUGCUGGCUAGAAUCUGUCUCUGCCCGAUUAGAGGUACUAAGACACCCCCUACCGGGGGCUGAAAGGUACUGAGAUCUAUAUCCUAUACAAUAUGCUAUUAUUGGGUACACGUAACCAAACGGUAAAAAAUAGAAUAUUAGAAACGGGUUGCACACAUUGUUCGCUACCAUAGUUGCAUGUUAAUACUGCUCACGUUUUUUUUUGGCUUUUUCUAUGGUGCACGACCUAGAGAACUGCCAACUUCACCCCCACCCCCCCGACUGCCGCACCUCCAUGCUAGGCAGCAGGGCACGGCCCCACUCCUUGGAGCCGAAAUGGGUAUCUUACCCAAUUGUUCUUUUCACCCCAGUUUCACCCCCUACUUAUUUCCCUCACUCCCUGACUGGUCACAUUCCCAGAUUUCACAGUGACGCACGCCAUGCACAACCCCCACCCAGGGCAAUUACAGUACCGGUUAUAAGCGCAGAUGGACGAAACCCGACCCACCUAAGCACACUAUUUCCACCUGACACUCCUGCAUGAAACUACUGACCUAUAACGUCAAGGGGCUGAACACCCCAGGUAAACGAAGGCUACUACUUCAAGAGCUAAAAGAACAAGGGAUAGACAUAGCCUGUAUCCAGGAGACACACUUUAAAAAGGCCAAGACCCCAGAAAUCUUCACUAAACUAUACCCAAAUCAAUACCAUGCCCUAUCAGACAGUAAAACGAAAGGGGCCUCCAUCUUCAUACAUAAAGACGUGGCAUUCCAGGAGCAGACAAAAUUAGUAGAUGCCCAAGGGAGAUAUGUCCUACUAGUAGGGCUUUUUAAUAAUACCCAAUAUACCUUGGUAUCUGCCUACUUCCCAAAUACUGGGACAGAAAAAUACCUCAGACGUCUUCUGCAAGACAUAGACAAAUAUAGACAAGGUGGACUGGUGCUCUGUGGUGACUUCAACUUCUUUACCUCCCCUGAAGUCGACACGACUGCCCUACCCCAGGGGACACGACGGGCGACCGUAAACUCCACAUGCAAGGCAGUGUCCAAACUGCUCUCACUACACAACCUAUAUGAUAGUUGGAGAAUGCUGCACCCAGGGGAAAGAGACUACUCCUUUCACUCGGCGGCACACAACACGUAUACCCGUAUAGACACAUUUUACGUGGACCAACCCACAUUAGCACAAAUCUCUACAUGCUCUAUGGGAGAUAUCACUUGGUCAGACCAUAGCCCAGUGUACUUGGUGUUACACGACUCCUUUCAGUUUAAAGGACGGGGGACUUGGAGAAUGAACGAUUCCUUACUCCGAGACCACGACUUUAUGAACCAAAUAAAAGCUGAACUCAUUGCCUACUUUCACACAAACUCUACUGAGGAAGUGUCAGUACAGACUGUGUGGAUGGCUCACAAAGCUGUAGUACGAGGCCUAUUUAUCAGACGCUCGUCCUACCUCAAAAAACAAAGACAAACUACAAUACUUGAGCACCAAACGAAACUAGCGGCCCUUACCACCCAGAACAAACGAUCCCCCUCCCCACUUCUAGCAAACCAGAUACAAUCUCUGACCAACCAGCUACAUCAAUUACAGGCAGCCAAAACUGCGUCCCUACUUCAUAGAAUGAAGGCCACCACAUAUCACCAUAGCGGGAAAGCGACAAAACAUCUGGCCAAUCGGCUGAGAGAGAAAUUGGCGGCCUCCAAAAUAGCUUACUUACAAGGACCAAAUGGGUCCAAAAUACAAAACCCCUUAGAUAUCACCCAGGAGUUUGCAAAAUAUUACUCUGACUUAUAUAAUUUGGGAGAUCACCCAGACACAACCCCUUUAGAUGAAAACGCUAUCCAAAGGUACUUGGACCAGCUUCCUCUGCCCAGGAUAGACAGACACCAAAGAAAUGCACUACUUGAACCCAUCACUCUUACUGAGGUUCUACACACCAUACAACACCUCCCUACAGGGAAAUCCCCGGGUGCAGACGGGCUCCCUAAUAUAUAUUACAAAACGUUCACGGAAAUACUUGGUCCCAGACUCGUACAAGUGUUCCAAAAAGCCACGGACACAGGAGUACUCCCAACUGAGAUGCUCUUAGCAACGAUAGUGACCAUACCUAAACCGGGAAAACCUGCUGACCAAUGUAAGAAUUUCAGACCCAUUUCGUUGUUAAAUACGGAUGCCAAGAUCUACGCCAAGAUCUUAGCGACCAGAAUCGGUAAAAUACUACCGACACUCAUACACGACGAUCAAACGGGAUUUGUGUUGGGGAGACAGGGUCUGGACAAUACCCGGAAACUGGCUCUCGUGUUAGAGAGGAUGAGGAGGUCCGGCCCAGGCGGACUGCUCUUAGCACUAGAUGCCGAAAAGGCGUUUGACCGCCUGGGCUGGCCCUUCCUCCACAAGGUGCUGCAGAGGUAUGAUUUUCCACACCAACUCAUCACACAGAUAUUUGCUUUAUAUUCACACCCCACUGCAAGGGUACUACAAGCGGGUUUUCUGUCUAACCCCUUUAAAAUUACUAACGGCACACGACAGGGGUGCCCCUUGUCCCCCCUACUCUACGUUUUAGCCCUAGAACCACUGCUCACAGGAAUCAGAACCCGAACAGAAAUAACAGGGGUGGACUGGCAUGGCCGUCAAAUAAAGAUAGGGGCGUUUGCAGACGAUAUCCUGCUGUACAUCUCCCACCCAGAGAGCUCUCUCCCACAUAUAAUGCGACUCAUACAUGAAUAUGGGACACUGUCCUAUUACUCCCUCAACACCUCCAAAACACAAGCAUUAGGUCUAUGCCUGGACCCACAAGUCUUGGCGAACCUACACAAAGACUACCAAUUUGAAUGGAGGAAAAAAGACAUAAAAUAUCUAGGCCUGACAUUUACUAAAAAUGUCACAGAUAUGUUCCCAGCGAAUUAUACCAGGGUUUGGGAGGACUGCCUUAAAACAAUGAAGGGCUGGGACCGGUUAUUUUUAACUUGGUCGGAGCGAAUAGUAGCACUAAAAAUGACCAUACUACCGAAACUUCAAUACUUAUUUAGGAACCUACCCUUACGAGUAUCGCCAUCAUACUUCAAUACCAUCCAGGCCAAACUGCUACAAUUCACUUGGGGAACGAGACGGGCACGAAUGUCACAAAAAGUGCUCCUAGCCCCCACAGCACAAGGGGGAAUGGCAUUCCCUAAUGUCAAAUUGUACUACCAAGCUGCAGUACUGUCCUCCCUCUUGCCACAUUUGACCAAGGACAACCAACCCCAAUGGGUGGCAAUGGAGCAUACAGCCAUCUUACCCUUCCAAAUCCCCAAUCUGCUGUGGUUACCAAAAAAAGACAGACCGGCCACCCCACUCCCACCCGCCCAACUUGCAUUGGCACUACAGGUCUGGGAAACACACAGAGGACAUUUCGAAACAGGACACCCCCUAUCAAUGGCAACUCCAAUUGAAGCUAUAACAUACUGCAUCCCUACGUUCCAUGCGACACCAUGGAAGGCCAUGGGGAUCACCCACCUGUCACACAUGUGUGAAGCAGGCAAACUCACGAACUUCGCUAAGCUCCGAUCCACCUACAACAUCCCACAAACAUCACAUUAUUCGCACCUUCAACUACACUCCCUUCUCACCACACGAAAUAAGACAAAACCCCCGGGCCAACUCAGGCCGGUGGAACUCUCUACCUGGGAGAAAAUAGGCAUAUCGGGGAAAAUGCCACCCACAUUCAAGCCACUAUCGGACUGUUACAAAACCCUUCAGACGUACAUACCCUUCCACAACUCACCACAGGCACUACAAUGGGACCUGGACCUAGGGACCAAAAUUCCCGAAGCUAAAUGGAAACACAUUAUAUACUCCACGAGGAGGUUGAUUAAAUCAGCCCCACUCCUGGAACAACACAGGAAAACGUUAUAUAGGUGGUACAUGGUCCCGUCCCGCAUACAUAAACAAUAUCCCCACUCGUCUCCGGUAUGCUGGAGAUGCAUAGGUGACCACGGAACAGUCAUGCACAUCUGGUGGAGAUGCCCCCGCCUUGUUAGAUUUUGGAAAGAGGUACACAAGCUCCUUACCGAAGCCACCAACACUGACAUACCCCUCGAACCCGCAACCUUCUUGUUGCUAGACAUACCGAGUACCGUACCUACCGGGGCGAAGAAGCUGAUAUGCCAUAUUCUAUUGACUGCACAAAAAUUAAUAGCCAGGCUCUGGAAAUCUGACAAACACCCCAACAUCCUACCCCUUAUACAAGAAAUAGACAAACAACUACUCUAUGAAACACACUUCGUUACGACACACCCGUACCCACAACGCUUCCUGAGUACAUGGGAAUUAUGGCGCUCUUGGAGGGCGGGCAACCCAGACUAAUGAGCCCCCAUAAAGGAUCACUGGCCAUGAGGCCACCCCCACUUACCAAUCCCCACACCAUAGAAGAGGACGCACAAGCCACAACCCCACUAUAAACCACCACAACAGGAGACAACCCAGGAUAGGGGAGAUAGGACACUAAAGGGAGCCGGUGACGAUAGAACAAACAGGGUCUUGGGGACUGGUAGGGUUUGACGACCUGGUGGCGAAGUACAGGGCACCGCAGUGAUUGGCCCAUAAGGUAUUAGCUCGAAUUGACCAGUGUAAAUGUGAUAUGUUCGGCUAUGCAUACUGGAUAAUACUGUAAAAUACAAUUGUGUGCAUGUAAACUAUGCAAUGUGACUACCCCCCCCCCUCCUUUCUUCUCUUCUGUAUCCCCCCCCCUAAUAUAUGUUGAAAAACAAUAAAAUACAAAUUUCAAAAAAAAAAAAAAAAAAAUAUAUAUAUAUAUAUAUAUAUUUGUGAAAUAUAAGUGUGGCUGUUACGCUACUUGGGUGAUUUGGAUUGGAACUCAACAGCAGCUUGUAAAACUCCCUAAUUACAAUAGUGAAGAAACUGAGAAUCUUUAAAGUAUCAAUACUGUAGCUUUAAGAAAAGAGAGAAUUGCUGGUAACUUGAUUCAAACAAAGUUUUAAUAAGUGUUAAACUUAAAUGAAUUGCAUUUAGGCAAUAAUCCAAUAAGAAGUAAUCAACAACACAAAGUUCAUUAAUAAGUAUUUCCUCAGAGAUGCAUUAAGUCAUUCUUUAGGUUAAUGAGAAUAAUCUUCAGUAGUAACUUUAAGCAAGUAGCUGAAAAUAUUUGCAAAGCAGGAACAGUUCAUAGUUAAUAAGCAUGAUGGGAGUUGUCCUCCAUAUAAUUAGUAGCUUGAAGCACUGAGUGUAUUUACAAAGCAAUAAUUGUGCGGCACAUAUAUUUAUCAAAGAUAAUUUUUUGUUUGCAAUUAUUUGAUUGAUAUAUAUAUACAUACAGACAUACCGCGCCUCUUCUGUUUGCGAGUGAACAUUAAAUGGAAGGUUCUAUUCUCGCCCGGAGCAGCUCAGUUCAGUGUCCUUGGGGCAAGAACUUUUCACACCUUCUGACAUGGCACAGGUUAAUAAGCUCAAAUUUCUAAUGCCUACUCCUAAAUGAAUAUAUAUAUAUAUAUUUUUCUGCCUAGACAUUGUCAUUAUUCCGCAAUCUGCAAUCCAAUGAAAGGGUUUACCCUGCCAUUUUCUAUACCUAUGACUUAGCAGCUUAGCUGCACUAGCCACAAUUCUGAGGAUUCAAAGUUAAACCAUAAAUGCUUAAAGUGAUGAAGAGGUGUUUCUAAACAAAGUGUGCAACUAGGCUGCUAAUAAAUACAAAUUGGCACAGGAUUGGCAGAAAAUGGCCCAGUGGGCAGGUUUAUUUUACUUUUGCUCCCAGUUUAAGGUUGUCAGAUGAGUAAAACAUUAAAGAUAAAUGGUACAAUCACUGGAAAUCUGCAGUUGCAGUAUCAGUUAUACCUGUAAAUUACUAUUGCAAUGCCGUACAUGCAUUGGGAAGUGAAAAAAGGUAUUGCUUCACUUUAAGUACAUUUUCGUUUUACAUACAUGCGCUGGUCCCAUUGUGUACUUAAAAGUGGGGUAUGCCUGUAUAUCAAAAAUAAAUCUGAAAUAUAUAUACUCCCUCAGUUGGCUGUUUUUUAUCUAUUGAAACAAAAAUCUUUAUUUCCAUACACACUUUAACAGGUUAAACUUUCCUGUGGUGCAGAGCAGUUCCAAGCAUACUUUAAAAACGUAAUACAUUGUUUUUAGUUUUAGUCCGUAUACCAGGACAAGACCUUUAAUAGUGCCCAACCACAGACUGCAUACAAUAUUACACCCAUGCAUUCCCAAUAAGAAAACUGAUAGAGGAGGUAUGGUGGGCAUAUUCUACUCCUUUAAGUGAUGGGAUGUAAGGUUGAGUCUCAAGAAGUCCUGAGGGGCUCGUUGAAUAAUGGGAAAUCAGGAGAACUAUCCUACAGUGUGUUCUUCUGCUCUUUGUUACCAUGCUAUUCCUCUAGCUAGCUAAUAUACCUCACUUGCUGUGAGAUUAUAGGGACAGAGUGUGCUGAUGUCACGCUACUGGCAGUGAAGCCAGCAUGUUGGCGUCAUGAUAAAAAUUUGGUUGAAAAGGGGCAAAAAAACAUGGCAUUCAUAGACAUCCAGUAAUGGCACUGCUAUGAUGCUGAUAAGAUGGUAAAACCAUUAUACCGUCUUUAUGAUAAAUUUAUAUAUUCAUUACUGUUUGCCAUUAAAGGGACACUCCAGGCACCCAGACCACUUCUGCCCAUUGGAGUGGUCUGGGUGCCAACUCCCACUACUCUUAACCCUGGAAGUGUAAUUGCAGUUUUUUAUAAACUGCAAUAAUUACCUUGCAGGGUUAACUCCACCUCUAGUGGCUGUCUGCUAGACAGCCACUAGAGGGCACUUCCUGCUCUUUAGCACAUAAAACUUGUGCUAGAGCGUCGCUGGAGGAGCGGCGGCGAGAAGAAACCACCGCCGAGGGGCAUUGGCGGGGUCUCAAGCAAGUGACCUGAAGGGGUUUUUACCCCUUAAGCAACCGGGGAUUGGGAGGUGGGAGGGAGAGGGGACCUGCAGUGCCAGGAAAACAUUGUUUUCCUGGCACUGGAGUUUCCCUUUAAGGUGAACUUGUCAUGAUUGCUUCUUCUUAAGAAAAAUAAGUAUUCUUGGGCAAAAGAAUAACCCAUCUUUUAAGGUAAUGUAAUAUUUCUUUUGUUUUGUGUGUCAUUCAACCUAAUUGGAAGUGCAAAUUAACUGUCAAAUUUUAAUUAAUUUGCAUGUGAUGGUGACUUGGUGACAUCAGAAAUAAAAAGGUAACUGAUAGGAUUAAGUUACUAAACAAGUGAUUGUGUAGAAUUGACAAGGGCACAACAAAGUUUAGGCCAUUGUAACUGGAUUAUUUCCAACUUGGUUGUUUAUUUAUUUCAUAGCUCCUCCAUUUUAGUCUAAACUAUAAAAAUUCCCUUGUCAAUUCUGUCAAUUCCCAGUUUAGUAAAUACGUGCCGUCAGGUUUUUUUUUUUGUUUUUUGUUUUAUCUAUGCAUUUGUUACCAAAAUGUAUGAAACUAUUUUUUUACUUGUUGCGUUCUGAAUAUUUAUUUGGGCUUAUCUUUUUAAAUUAAAUAAUAGGUGUCCUAUUACAUACGGUAUUUUAUACUGGCAGGGGGAGGGGGAUGUGCUUCAUUGUACAGUUGCACCAUUCACAUCUGGCUUGUGCUUUUAUGCCACCUACACCUACAGCUUGCCCAGUACAAAUCUCUGAAGGAGGAGGCAAGGAAGAAAAGUGCAGUAUUGGGGCAGCAGCUUGAGAAACUGCAGUGGGAGCAUCGAGCAGAUCAGGAGAAGCUGGUGUUUGAUCAGAGGAGACAGAAAGAAUUACAGGUUACUAUGUAACAUUAUCUGAGUACAGAGGUAUUGUAAAUACCUUGUAGGUUGGAUUGAAUGUCACCGAUUAAAGUACUAGCACCUGUCAGAAUUAACUAGUUACAGUCUUGUGGGGUUUUUACAUUUUAUCUCCAUCCUAUAGGUAAACAAAAAACACAUAGAGGAACAGAUUGAAGAACUCAAAAAACGGAUGGAGAAGUUGGAGGAUUACAUAAGCACCUGCAUGUAUGUAGAGUUAAAACAGCCUGACGUUGAAGUAAUGUACAUAAUUCUGUCUGUAGCAAGGAAUACUGUAAUGUACUAUAUAUAUUGCUGCUGUCAUGUUAUCCUACACCUGCUUUCAAACUACCAUUAUGGCAACCUAUCAUUAGUCUUUUUUAAGUCUGUAUCAUUUACACUAUUUUGGCUUGUUUGUCAUCUGUUAUAGUGCACCAACAUGUUAUGGCGGGCUUUACAAUUUUGCAAGUGUUUAAGUGAUCAAACGUGUCUUUUCAUUUGAGUCUUUCAAACUUUAUUUUUGACUAAAAGUAUAAAUUCAUAAUAUCUAUGUCAUAUUACUGCUUGUUCUACACCUGCAUGAAAUGACACAACAACAUGAUUAGAAACCAUGCUACUAAUUUUCUAUCUUUCCAAAUACUCUUAAAUUAAAACUGUUCCUGUUUGAAACAUAGAAUGUGACGGCGGGUAAGAACCAUUCGGCCCAUCUAGUCUGCCCAAUUUUCUAAAUACUUUCAUUAGUCCCUGGCCUUAUCUUAUAACUAGGAUAGCCUUAUGCCUAUCCCACGCAUGCUUAAAGGACCACAAUAGUGCCAGGAAAACAUACUUGUUUUCCUGGCACUUUAGUGCCCAGAGCGUGCCCCCACCCUCAGGGACCCCCUCCCGCCGGGCUCUCUGGAGAGGAAGGGGUUAAAAUUGUACCUUUCUCCAGCGCCGGGUGGGGAGCUCUCCUCCUCUCCGGCUCCUCUCUUCUCCUCCUCUUCGGCUUAAUGUGCAUGCGCUGCAGGAGCUGCGCGUGCAUUCAGCCAGUCUCAGGAAAGCAUUCAUAAUGCUUUCCUAUGGACACUUGCGUCUUCUCACUGUGAUUUUCACAGUGAGAAGCACGCAAACGCCUCUAGCGGCUGUCAAUGAGACAGCCACUAGAGGUUUUAGAGGCUGGAUUAACCUAUUUAUAAACAUAGCAGUUUCUCUGAAACUGCUGUGUUUAUAAAAAAAAAAAUGGGUUAACCCUAGCUGGACCAGGCACCCAGACCACCUCAUUAAGCUGAAGUGGUCUGGGUGCCUAGAGUGGUCCUUUAAACUCCUUUACUGUGUUAACCUCUACCACUUCAGCUGGAAGGCUAUUCUAUGCAUCCACUACCCUCUCAGUAAAGUAAUACUUCCUGAUAUUAUUUUUAAACCUUUGCCCCUCUAAUUUAAGACUAUGUCCCCUUGAUGUGGUAGUUUUUUUUUCCAUUAAAUAUACUCUCCUCCUUUACUGUGUUGAUUCCCUUUAUGUAUUUAAAUGUUUCUAUCAUAUCCCCCCAUCUCGUCUUUCCUCCAAGCUAUACAUGUUAAGAUCCUUUAACCUUUCCUGGUAAGUUUUAUCCUGCAAUCCAUGAACCAGUUUAGUAGCCCUUCUCUAAAGUAUCAAUAUCCUUCUAGAAAUAUGGUCUCCAGUACUGCGUACAAUACUCCAAGUGAGGUCUCACCAGUGUUAUGUACAAUGGCAUGAGCACUUCCCUCUUUCUACCUCUAUUACCUCUCCCUAUACAACCAAGCAUUCUGCUAGCAUUUUCUGCUUCUCUAUUACAUUGUCUGCCUACAUUUGUCAUCAGAAAUAAUCACCAAUAAAUCCCUUUCCUCAGAGGAAAGUAUCCACAUUAAAUGCCAGUUGCUACAACUCUGACCAUUUUUCUAGUUUACCUAAAUCAUUUGCCAUUUGGCUUAUCUCUCCUGGAACAUCAACCCUGUUCCAUAUCUUAGUAUCAUCAGCAAAAAGACAUAUCUUACCAUCAAGACCUUCUGCAAUAUCACUAAUACAUUUUUUACAGAGAAUAGGUCCAACUACAGAUUCCUGAGGAACCCUACUGGUGACAAGCCCAUGCUUCGAAUAUACCCCAUUGACUACAUUGCUCUGUUGCCUGUCACUCAGCCACUGCCUUACCCAUUCAACAAUAUUGGAAUCCAAACUUAAAGAUUGCUAUUAACAAAAGUGUCAAAAGCCUUACUGAAAUCUAGGAAAGCAAUGUCUACUGCACCACCCUGAUUUAUUAUUUUAGUUACCCAAUCAAAAAAAUCGAUAAGAUUAAUUUGCCAUGAUCUGCCUUAAGUAAACCCAUGUUGUCUCUGAUCUUGAAAUCCAUGUGAUUUUAGAUAUUCAGCAAUCCUAUCCUUUAACAUGGUUUCCAUUAUUUUCUACACUACUGAAGUAAGGCUUACUGGCCUGUAGUUGCCCGACUCCUCUCUACUACCUUUCUUGUGAAUGGGCACAACAUUUUCUAACGUCCAAUCUUCUGGGACUACUCCUGUUAACCCCUUAACGCCGUUACGGCGUUCUAUGCCGCCCAGCAUUAAAAGGGCUUUAAAGCCGUUGCGGCGGCAUAGAACGCCGUAACGGCUUUCAGCCCCUGGAGCUCCAAUUUACUCACCUCCGCCGAGAUCUUCUUCUGGAGGGCUGCCUGACAGCCCAGGCAGCCCUCCCCCGGCAAAUAUGGCCCUCCAUAGCUGGCUGUGGAUCUGCCAGCAGGGGGACUGUCUGAAAUGUCAGACAGUCACCCUGCUGGUGGGAAAGUAAAAAAAAAAAGAAUUAAGCGUGUCAAAUUAAAAUAGAAAUUUAUAUAUAUAAAAUAUAUGUAUAUCUAUUAUAUAUAUUAUAUAUAUGUAACGUCAUACAAAGUGUAUUUUAAUAUUAAUAUAAGUACAUAUAUUAGUAUUAAAAUACACUUAGAAUGACGUUACAUAUAUAUAAUAUGUAUAUAUUAUAUAUAUAAUAGAUAUAUACGUAUAAUUACAAUAAUAAAUAAAUAAAAUAUUGAAACAAAAUUUAAUAUAAAUUAUAUAUUCAUAUGUAAUUUCAUUCUAACUGUAUUUUGUUAUUAAUAUAUAUAUAUAUAGGUAACAAAAUACACUUAGAAUGACAUUCUAUAUAUAUCUAUAUAUAUAUAUAAAAUACAAAUAACCGCAAAAAUAUAUAUAUAUAUAUAUAUAUAUAUAUAUAUAGAUAAAUACAUAUAAUUACAUAAAAGAUUAUAUUAGUAUACACGUAGAAUUUAAAUACCUAUAAAUGCAUAUAUAUUAAAAUUCUACGUGUAUAUUUAAGUAAUCUUUUAACAUAAUUAUGUGAUUUGAUUAAUUCAAAUUUGAUUGACAUGCCUGACAACACAGGGAGAAAGUGCAGAGAAUUUAAUUUGCAAGCACUAUAUUUGACCCUGUAACUCUCCAAAACACCAUAAAACCUGUACAUAGGGGGUACUGUUUUACUCGGGAGACUUCGUUGAACUCAAAUAUUGGUGUUUUAAACUGGUAAAUUGUAUUACAACGAUGAUAUUUUAUGUAAAAGGGAAAUUUUUUGCAUCUCUUACAAACGAACGGCACUUUUAUGGACUAUAUUAUUGUUGUAAUAUGUUUUACUGUUUUAAAACACUAAUAUUUGUGUUUAGUGAAGUCUCCCGAGAAUAACAGUACCCCUCAUGUACAGGUUUUAUGGUGUUUUGGAAAGUUAGAGAGUCACAUGUAAGGCUUGCAUUUCAUUUUUUGACAUUGAAAUUUGCCAGAUUGGUUAUGUUGCCUUUGAGAGCAUAUGGUAGCCCAGGAAUGAGAAUUACCCCCAUGAUGGCAUACCAUUUGCAAAAGUAGACAACCCAAGGUAUUGCAAGUGGGGUAUGUCCAGUCUUUCUUAGUAGCCACUUAGUCACAAACACUGGCCAAAUAUUAUUUUUUUGCUUUUUUUCACACAAAAACAAAUAUGAACGCUAACUUUGGCCAGUGUUUGUGACUAAGUGGCUACUAAAAAAGACUAAACAUACCCCACUUUCAAUACCUUGGGUUGUCUACUUUUUCAAAUGGUAUGCCAUUAUGGGGGUAAUUCUCAUUCCUGAGCUACCACACCGUCUCAAAGGUAACAUUACUAAUCUGGCAAAUUUCAAUUUGAAAAUGGAACGUUCUAUAAUUGACCCUGUAACUUUCCAAAACACCAUAAAACCUGUUAAUGGGGGGUACUGUUGUACUCGUGAGACAUCGCUGAUUACAAAUAUGUGCAUUUUUUUGCAGUAAAACCCAACAGUAUUAUGAUAUUCACAGCUAAAAUGUCAGAUGGAAAUAGAAUUUUUUUAAAAAAAUCUUAUUUUCUCACAUUUUUUAAAUUUUAUUCAUAAUAAAUUAUGUUCCAUAUAUGAAUAGUUAAUGAUAAAUUAAAGCCCUGUUUCUCCUGAACAAAAUGAUAUAUAAUAAGUGUGGGUGCACUUAAUGUGACAGCGGUGAAUUACGGUUGAACAGACAUAUAGCACAAAUUCCAGUUUUUGUUUACGUUUUGUUUUGAUCAGAACGUGCACUGUUGACUCCGUCCUGAAGGGGUUAACAAUGAUUGGUAAAUAAAUCCAUUAAUGGUUUUGCUAGUACACCACUAAGCUCUUUUUAAUAACUUUGGGUGCAUUCCACUUAUUUGUCUUUACUUUUGACAGUUUAAAUCCUCCUCUGUAAACUCACAUGUAACAAAUUACUAAUUUGUCCUUUUUCCUAAACCUUCAUUUUUAUUUGUCAAUACUGAACUAUUCAUUGAGGCAGUCAGCUAGACCUUUAUCCUCUUCUACAUAUCUUCCUUCUUUUGUUUUUAAUCUAACUAAUCCUUGUUUUACCUUCCUUUUCUCAUUUAUGUGGGUUUCCAGAGUUCCAUAAGACUAUCUCUUUUUUCCCCAAAAGUGAGGGAAAAUGUCUGGUGCUGCCUUAUGGAGCUUAUGUAUUACCACAGAGCCGUCUGCCGUCCAGAACUGAGUCUCUUAGCGGGAUGAAGUGUGCACACCGAGUGCGCAUUACCCUUCAAACCCGCCAAAAACCGAACCUCGAAAUAUUAGUUCCCUGGAUCAUGAGCCACAGAAGGCCGCCCACUAACGCCCAAGACAUUGCAGCAAGUAAUUAUGGGACAAGAGGAGGGGGAGACACUAUGGGACAAGGGGAGGGGAGGAGACACUAUGGGACAAGGGGAGGGGAGGAGACACUAUGGGACAAGGGGAGGGGGACACUAUGGGAGAAAGGGAGGGGAGACACUAUGGGACAAGGGAGGGGAGACACUAUGGGACAAGGGAGGGGAGACACUAUGGGACAAGGGGAGGGGGGACACUAUGGGACAAGGGGAGGGGGAGACACUAUGGGACAAGGAGGGGACACCAUGGGAGAAAGGAGGGAGUAUCUAUGGGAGAAGGGACACUCAUGGGACAAGGGGAGGGGAGGAGACACAUGGGACAAGGGAGGGAGACACCAUGGGACAAGGGGAGGGGGGACACUAUGGGACAAGGGGAGGGGGAGACACUAUGGGACAAGGGCAGGGGGACACACUAUGGGAGGGAAAGUGCACUAUGGGACAAUGGGAGGGGGGACACUAUGGGAUCAGAACACUAAUGGACAAGGGGAGGAGGGGUUAAAGAACACUAUGGGACAGGUUAGGAGGGGUUAAAGAACACUAUGGGACAGGGGAGGAGGGGUUAACAAUCACUACGGGACAGAGGAAAGGGGGGUUAAAGAUCAUUAUGGGACAGGGGAGAAAAAAAAAUAUUCUGAACAAACUGUCCCAUGGUAAGAAACACUAUGGAACAGUUUGUUCAGAAUAUUUUUUUUUCUGGGUUUCCUCCUCUAAAAACUAGGUGCGUCUUAUGGUGAGGUGCGUCUUAUGGAGCGAAAAAUACGGUAUCUAAGAAAUGUUUUGUUCCCCUUUUUUAUUGACUGCUAUUUUCUCUUCAGUGUGUGAUUUGGAAGCUCUUAUAACUUGCCUCUUUCUGCCUAAUCUUAUAGAUCUGUCUAUCUAUCUUCCUCGCUCUGGUUUUUUUUAUAAUUACUAAAUGCUAACGUUUUAGUUUUUUUACUAUUUUAGCCACAUCUGCGGAGUACCACAGUGGUUUCUUUAUUUUUUUGCUUUUACUGACAAGCCUAAUGCCAUUUUCUGUUGCCUUCAGCAGUGCAACUUUUAAAUAACCCAGUUUCUAUGGGACUCCUUUUAAAUUGCUCCAGUCUGAUAAUGACUCCUUUACACAUAUUCUAAUUUUAGAAAAGUAUAUUUUUCUAAAGUCUAAAACUUUUGUUUUUGUGUGGUGUGACUCAGUCACUGUUCUUAUAUUAAACCACACUGACUCAUGAUCACUGGAUCCUAAACUUUCACCUACAGUAAUAUCUGAUGGCAGAUUUGGCUAGGCCAUGCAGCGCUGUCUGACCCCCUUUCCUGUUUGUGUUUAUGGAUGGUCUGACCUUUAUUCUGCAAGUCACCUUCAUUUAGACAAUUUAUAACAAAUAAAACUAAACUUGAAAGACCAAAUUAUGUUCCAGUGAAAAAGAUAUUCUUAUAAUAAAUAUACAGGUAGAAAGAUAGAAAUACAGAAUGUCAUAGUCACUGCACCAGUAAUUAUUCAACAUCCUCUUUAUUUAUGUUACUGACAUAAUUUUCAAUUUUGGGUAAAGUAAAUCUCUGGAAGAACACAGAAACCAGGAGGUGCAACUUGUGAACGAAAUUGAGGCAGGAAAACUCAGAAUGCAGGAGGUUAAUGAUGAACUGAAAGACAUAGUUGGAGAACUGCAGAAUGCACACAUAGAGUUUCAUGAAGGAAGUCGACAAAGGAUGAGAGCAGAGAUUUUAGAGAGCAUGAAAAGAAUGUACCCCGAUUCUGUGGUAAAUAAUUGAAUCCCAGCUGUCUUAUUAGAGUUUCAAGGCUUAUUUAUGCAGCUUCCAUUAUGAAUAGUGUAGUGGAAUCAUAGAAUGUGUUCUGCUUAGUGAAUCUUAGAGAAAUUUUGUGUUCUUUGUUUCAGUUUGGCAGGUUAUUUGAGCUCUGUCAUCCGAUUCAUAAAAAGUAUCAUUUGGCUGUUACCAAAGUCUUUGGCAGAUACAUGAAUGCCAUUGUUGUGUCUACGGAGAAAGUGGCUAGAGAUUGCAUCAGAUUCCUUAAAGAAGAAAGAGCCGAGCCAGAGACCUUUCUGUCCUUGGAUUACUUGGAUGUAAGUAUUGAUUCUCAUACAUGCACCUCACAUGCAAUCUUCAUAUGGCAUUAUGACUUUAAUCUGCUGGAAAAUGACUGAACUUUAAUGUAUUAAGUAAUUCCCUUAUUACUCCAUUGUACAGCGCUAUGGAAUUUGCUGGCAUUAUAUAAAUAAUAAUAAUACUAAAUAGAACUUUAUCAUUGUGAUAUUUUACAGUACAUUUCAAGGUGAAUGACAGUGUAUUAAAGGAAGUUGUGGCUAAUAAGAUAUUUUAAACCUUUUUAGAGCUAUGAACAUUAUUUUGUUAUUUUUAUUGUUUUAUUUGGUUUGUUAUUAUUUUGUUAUUUUGACUACAUAAAAUACCAAGAGUCAAUUCUUCCAUUUAACUUACAAACGGAUAAGUUUUCUUUUUGUUUUGACAGUUUUUUCUUUAUAAUGACUAGUCUACAGAAAUUUAGAAAAUGGAUAUGCUAAAGUGCUUAAAGUGUUACUUUAAAUUUUCUUCUCUGUAGUUUUUCUUAAUUUCUGCCCCAUGGUUCCCAGUAAGAUAAUAAAGAGCUAGGCCUAUCUGAUUUUGAAAAUUGAUUCAUAUGCUUUUUUUUCCAAAUUAUUUACUCAUAAUGUAGAAAUAGAAAUACUCAUUCCGUUGUACACCAGUAUGAGAAUGUGAUAAGCAAUCUUUUUGAUUUGUAAAUCAGUGCAUGACGGAUACAUGCUUUUGUGUUUAUGUGGCAUAACAAAUCCUGAAACCAAUUUUUAGAGAUUAUUUCUGGGUUAUUCACUAAAGUGAGAAUUGUUGGGAAUUUAUAGUGAAUUUCAAAUUUAUGGCUAAAAUAGCCAAAGUGGAAACUAUAUUAUGUUUCUAGUGAUGCUACUUUAGCCUUAAUUUGGAAAUUCCUGACAAUUCAGAGAAAAGGCUCUGCUUAUAUUUAUUGCCUAGGAACACCACUAGUGGCAGCCACCCAGCCGGCCACUGGAGGUGCUUCCUGGAUCAGUGCUGCACUGUGUGCACUACUGACGUUUAGAGUCUCCAUGCUUUGCACAGAGACGCUGAACGCUCCUCAUAGAGAUGUACUGAUACAAUGCAUCUCUAUGAGGAGAUUCCUAUGGGAAAGAAUUGGAUUGGCUGAGAACAAUUUUGAAAAAGGCGGGAUUUGGUACGCCUCAACGAGAACAGUGCAGCACUGGAAAAAAGGAGAGUAAACUACCUUUUUAAACUUAGGAGAGGGGGGCCAAGGACCUAAAUUAUGCUUUCAAAACUAUAUUGUCAGGAAUAUACAUUUGUAUUCCCAAUGAUAUAGUGUUUUUAAAAAAAAAAAAAAAAAAAAACACGAGAGGAGGAAACUUCAGUAUGUCAUUAGAUUGAGGAUACUGCAAAUAGGGAGAACAUGGAAGGGAUUUGAUGAAAAGUGAUAAGCACCUAAAUUGUAAUGCCUAUAGCCCCACUAGAGGUAUACUAGGCUCAUAGGUAGGUGACAAUAGACUAUUUGGAAGUUGUAAACUGACUCUGUAUUAUUUCUGUAUAGGGUAUAUUAACGUUUUUUGUUAACACUUUCAGGUAAAACCAAUAAAUGAAAAGCUCAGGGAAAUAAAAGGAGCCAAAAUGAUGAUUGAUGUGAUCCAGACUCCUAGCCCCUCUCUGAAGAAAGUGAUUCAGUUUGUGUGUAGUAAUGGCUUGGUCUGCGAGACAGUAGUGGAAGCCAGACAUGUCGCAUUUGAUGGCCCAGAAAGAAUAAAAGUAAGUAGCAGUCUCUCUUUUAUGGUCAGAUCACUUCCUGUGUCAGAUUGAUAUACCUAACAUUGCUUUAUUAUUUAUUUGAAACAAGUGGCCCUGUUUUUUUAGUAAUAUGCAAUAAACAUUUAUGUUAGUCUUUUUCUUUCUAAGAAUAGUUGUUCUUUUUAGCAGUUUGAAAGGUUGAGGUCUCCUCUUAAAGGGACACUUCUGCCUAAAUAUAAAAUUACAAUUUCUAAUAGAAAUCAGAACUUUUAUAAACUACAAUUAAAAGCUGAAGUUGUGUGUGUGUGUGGAGUGUUUCUUAACUUUAGAGAGCUGCAUGUCAGUAAUGUAUGAGUAUGUAUAAGCUUUUUUGAGCAAGUGUUGCUGCUCUUUAAAUUAUAAUUGUAGAUUAUGCUAACGAAGUGUAUUUAUCUUAAUUUUAGUAAUAACAGGAGGGGGUAUUUUGCAUAAACUUUCUUUACUCAUAACUCCAACAGCACAGAUCAAUCAUAAAAUCAACCAAUCAAAAAUAAGGUAACAUUCUCUAAAUAAAAUCCUGACAAUCCAAACUCAUCCUCCUUUCUUUGAUGUGAGUUAAGCAGAACAAAAUAUAACAGGAACAGGAAACAAACGGAAGAACUGAACAAUGACUCCAACAGGUUCCAGAGAGAGGACUCUGCGUGUAGUGAAGAGACCACCAAACCUGGUAAAAGAUGGCAAGGUUCAAACUGAAAAGAACAGAAAUAAAUGAAAGGCAAUGGUAACGGUGGUAUGUCAACAUGACAGCAACAAGCAAAAUUUUAUGCAAUGCUAACAUGCAGAGUAGAUUAUUUAAGGAACAUAACAAGACUAACCAUGAGUUACAUAAAAAUCAGAUAUGUGUAAUAUCCAAUUCUGAAACCCAUAAGAGAAACAGAAUAGAAUAUCAUCAACAGUACAGAAGGGUUGGAAUGAGAAGGGAGGGAAAAUACUUGCCUCUGUCAUUAUUAAGAUUAUAAGUACACUCCGUUAAAGAUGCGCCUGUCCAAAAAGCUUGCAACGCAGCAGCUCCACGUACGGAAUGAGUGCUGAAACAUGAUUCAACACCGACCAAGGUCAGAAGCCAGCGAACCCAUCUCGCUAGAGUAGUGGUAGAUACAGGCUUGUGUAGCUUGACAUAAAGGAGAAGUGGACCAUCUGGUGAACGACAAAAUGGAGCUGUAAUCUCCAUAUAACUUAGCAAUGCCUUAACCAUGCAAACUUGCAGAGCUGUAAUUUGUCUUUGUAGUCCGCGAAACCGAAAAAGAUACCCCCUCUGCUGUCCACGUCGAAAGCUCGAACGUCUUCUACCCGUAGGAAGGAGACCAGACAAACUAUUUAUCUAAAGAAGACAAGUAAUUAAAGAUGAUAGGAAUAGGCGCUGUAAAGGGAUCGGAGUCCCCAUCCAAAUAUAAACUAGUCCAUUUGUUCCAGGCAGAGAGGUAACUUUGUCUAGUGCCUUUCACCCAUGAGUCCCAUAACAGGUCCUUAGUGGUCUGCAAUAGGCCGUCGACAGACCAAGAUCACCUGAAAUCGUCUAGACCACAAGGUCUAGUCGUUCUUGAAGGACGAGGGGAUGGGGUUCUCCCUGGGGAUCGGACAGAGGAAGCGAGAACGAUGGCAGAAGGAGAGGAUGGUUGUAGGACAAAUCCAACAGAUCCAGAAACCAUGCUUGUCUCGGCCACAGUGGAGCAACGAGGAGUAGAGAAAUCCUCUGAACAUGAAUCUGGUACAGAACCCUUGCCAGCAUUGAGAACGGUGAUACUGCGUACACCCCUACGGGCGGCAUCCACUGCCUCAGGUUCUGGAACUGAGAGCCAGCUGAAAAACCUUGAAAGUUGGCAGUUGGUACAGGAGACAAAAAGGUUGACCCUGCAGUCAAAUAGCUUGUGGAAGCUCGUGAAGCUGCCAGUUCCUUCCAUCCCGCCAAUGACAAGACUACCAAUCUGCUAGGAAGUUGGAAAUUCCCGGAAGGUACUUUGUAUGUCUUUGGUCGCUUUUCAACAGUGCUUGAAAGCCGGCCCCGGUUUAUAUAGUGGACUGCUGAGACGUUGUCCAUGCGUAACCAGGAUGCAACAAUUGGACAUUUCAUGGGCUAGACUGCGAAUAUCAAAGGAGUCUGCAUUCCGUUCCAGGAGGUUGAUAUGUAAAUCGGUCUUCUUGUCUAGCCACAGUCCCUUUGUGGAUGAGUCCACACAAUGUGCUCCACAGCCCUAGAGGAUUGCAUCCGAUUCCACCACAAAAUCAGGAGAGGGACUAAAUAUGGCCUUUCUGUUCAAUGCCUGCGUAUGGAGAAGCCACCAACGAAGCUCUGUCUGCACCUCAGAGAUGAAAGGCACCAUCUGGUCAUAUGAGAGGCCUGAGCGCAGGUGGUGUGCUUUCAACCGUUGCAUGGCUUAGUAGUGUAGAAGUAGUGUAGAUUGCCUGAAUAUAAGCAGAUAGGAGACUCGUUAAUUGAGCUAGGAGAUAAAGAGGGAUGUGGUCCAUCCACAGUAUCUUCCUAAUCUCCCUCCGGACAGGUGCGAUAUUUCAGAAAGGCAGACGAAGUACACAGGAGAUUGAGUCAAUCUCAAAUCCCAGAAACUGAACAACUUGAGAGGGUUUCACAGCCGAUUUGUAGUGAUGCACUACAAAACCUAGGUCCGUGAAAUAAAGGAUUUGGCUAACGGGCCUAUCCCCUUGCAUGGGUCAUGCCAUAAAGAUCACGACCAUCUGGUCGAAUUUCAGUGUGACCUCCAUUUUGUCGGGGAGUAGAGGUCGUGAAUAUUCAGCUCACAUUGAGCUCGGAUCUCACAGUCUAUGGGUUUACGUAUCCAGAAAUGAACAAACUUUGUUGGCUCCAUUGGAAUGAUCUCGUUAUCUGAUCGUUCUUAGUUUGAACAGUGGACAACCACGAGCGUUCAGGAAAAACCUGUCAUCAUCCAGCGGGUAGGAGCCCCGGAUGUCACCAUGUCUCCAGGGGAGGCAUGUCUGGCCAGCCAUCCUCAUCAUCCAAUAGGGAAUUGUGCGCCCGCCCUUCAUUCAGCACUUCUUAUGCGGAUGAAAGGUAGGCGUUUUCCCCUUUGGAGGAUAGCACCAGAGGGAGUAGCUGCAACGAUGAUAGGCCUGACAGGGAGACCCCCUGCUAACACAUUUGGGGCUUGCCCAGGUUAUUAAUAGUUAGUGAAAUACCACCGAGGCAUGUAGAUGAAGGUGUUGGUGAAUUAGUAGGACAGCUCACCACUCACAGCCAGCUGUAGUAAGCAGCUAAUAUGUAAAAGGGAAUUGCAACCUUAUCAAUAUGUGCAGAUAUUUACAGUUCUUAAGAGUAAAGGGGGCUCACCCCUAUAAAUUACCAUGAGGACUGCUACUGAUUCCAGUAGUGCAGGCAGACCAACAAGUCCCAGAUGCGAGAUGGGCUAAAUUCCGGUUGUAGAACACAAUUCAGGCAGUGUGUAACAGCCUGAAAAGAGAACCAAGAUGGCUGCCGUGAAUCUCGUAAUAUCCAAGAUGGCCUCCACGCAUGAGAACCCGCCAGUGGGAGAAAGGCACUAAGAGAAACUGGAGUCCCAGGGCAAUGCCAGAGAGGCCUAAAAAAACUAAAUAAGCCAAAGUGAGAAUGGUAGAGCGAGGUGGCAAGGCCAGGUAGAAUUCUAAAUCCUAAAAAUUCUAAAGUGAUUGUGGCGGACCACCUGGCACCCCGACUGGGUGCCUCUGCCAAUCGCUUCCUAGCUGUCGACGAGUACCAUAAGCACUGCACUGGACACCACAAGCACCUAGCCCCUUAGCCGCCGCAGCUUGGCUGUGGUCUCGCCGUCCCUUCCCACCCUGGACCAAACUCCUGGAUCCAGCUCCCAGUGGGAAGGCCUCACCUCCAAGAGAGUAUAGCAGGUGUAGCAGUGUAGCUCUUACAAGAGCUGGUGAUUAUAGCUGGUAUAGCGAUUCCCUACAAACAUGAGAUGAGACUCUACGUUGAGAUAAGCAGGAACUUGUUUCAUGGUAGCCACAACUGGCCUUAUAUGCAGGUUCCCAUGCAAGGGGCACUCCCUCCUGGACCUGAGAGUAAACCACAGUAGAAACAAAUACACAAUUACAUUGGCUCUCAGAUCCAGGAUACUCCCAUACAUAAUAAAAUAAUCCCUCCUCUGUGACUGGGAGAUAAUUGGACCAGGAACUGUACUAAUCUAAUCCAAUUAUCUCCAAGCACAGAAAAGCAUGCAAUACAACAAAAGUACCCCUAAAACACAAGGAAACCCCACAAUAGUCAUAUCCUCUGAUAGCCCCAAUCUAGGGAACCAACAUAUCCAAAAAUCACCCAGAUCGGUUCAUGGGUUCGGGAUUUCCAUGGAAAUCAUAAUUUUGACUGAUCGUGCACAUGGUCCUAUGCCCAAAACAGUUCCAGGGAAUUAGGGCCAACGGUCGGUCUCUCUUUAUGGAGUACAAAAGUACAUAAAUCACAUACGUUUUUAAAGGGCAAAUAGUCUUUUGGCAGGAGGCUGGCCAGCAGGCCCCACCAAGAACACGUGGCAGAGUCAUUUCUGCCACAGUGAUGGCACAGAAAUUAAUUAUAAGAAACAUAAAAUGUGAGAAAUGACAGAACUGAAAUCCCACACAAUGUAAAAAAAGACAACACAGAGAGCUAAUACUCUGACCUGGGCACAGCAGGAGCAGCAAAGAAAAAAAAAAGAGUAGUUUGGACUGUCAGGAUUUUGUAUAGAGAAUGUUACCUUGCUUUUGAUUAUUUUAUGAAUGAUCUGUGCUGCUGGAGUUUUAUCAUGUGUACAUGUGUGUGUAUUAUAUUUGUUUGCAAAAAAAGUUGAUUUUGCUAAUUAAAUCAGCAUUUCAACAAGCAUGAUAUCAUUUCAUUUUUCAGACUGUUGCACUAGAUGGAACAUUAUUUUUAAAGUCUGGCGUUAUUUCUGGAGGAUCAAGCGAUUUACGCUUCAAAGCAAAACGCUGGGAUGAAAAAGAGAUACAUGAAUUGAAAGAGAAAAGAGAUGCAUUGAUCAAUGAGCUCAGAGUAAGCCUUAUACACAUUUUACCAUGCACACUUUACCAACAGUAAUGACAAGAGGUGAAGCCUAUUUUUUAUUGGAAAAUAACCUUGCAAAUAAAAAUUCUUAAACCCAUAUCUGCAACAAACCUUUACUUUAAGGAUGAAUAAAAGAAGUUUAUUCUCCAAACAGUGAUGUUUAGUCAACUGAAAACUGAAAUGCAAUUUUUAAGCCCCAAAAUUUUCCAAAUCUCAGAUUUUUUUAAUUAUAGCCUAAAUUUUGCAAUUCAUAUUUCAGUACACCACUGCUUAGUGCAUAGUGAAUUUAAUCCUAACCUUCUUAAUAAUAAAACUUGUAUAGUUGCCACAUGUGGAAAGGUUAUGGUGACCAACACCUGGAUAAGUGUAAAUAAAGGAACAGAUAAUUCAAUCCUGUCAACAUCUACAGCAUUCAUAGCACUGUCUUCACACUUUAUAUUCCGCUUACUACAUUUUAUAUUUAAAUGGGUAUAUAUCUUGCCUUAUUUGCACUUCAGUCUCAAUUUAAAAUAGGUUAUAGUUAAGUUUCUUAUACAGUUUGUUUGUUCAUAUGUGUUUAUUGACUGUCACUUCCUCCCUGCUCUGGCCAUCGGUAGUCAGGCCAUGUUGUUUAAGUGUCUUCUGUGGCUGGAUCCAGUUGAUUUUUUCUUUCUGUUUUUUUCUUGAUUUGUUAAACCAUCCAGAAAAUUUACUAAAGUGAGAAUUGUCAGAAAUUCAAAAGGGAUUUCAAAUUUAAAUCCAAAAUAGCUGAACUGGAAAACUUUAAGUAAACUCUGCUUUCAAUUCAGCUACCAUGGUCUCAAAUUUGAAAUGCCAACAAUUCUCACUUUUGGUGAGUAACCCUGCUAUAUUUUCCACUCUUAGGAUCUAACAAAAUUAAGGCGGAAGGAAAGUGAUGUAAAGCAAUUGCAAGCCCAGUCCCAAGGAACCCAGACUCGUCUCAAAUAUUCACAGAGUGAACUUGAAGUGAUUAAGAAGAGACAACUUGUCAACUGCUCAAUGGUAAACACACGUUUUCUGUGCCCUAACAUUGAUUUUUCUUUUCUUCUUUUAUGAUGUCAAUGAUAUCUGAAUGUACAUUAAUCUCUGUCAAAAUUAUUCAUUUUGGAGGCAGUAUGCCCCCCCUCCCCCCUCAUUAUCAUUAUGGCCCCACCCACCGCCCGGGGUUGGGGGCCGGGGGGGACGAGGACAGUAGGUAGUAGUAGUUUUUUUUUUACAUUAUCACUAUGGCCCCCACCCGCCGCCCAGGGGUGGUGGGGGAGGACAGUAGUGUCGUCCCGUCCCGUCCCCCUCAUUAUCACUAUGGCCCUCGCCCGGGGGGGAGGGGGAGAGAGACAGUAGGUCCACCGCCCCUCCCUCAUUAUCAUUAUGGCCGCCGCCCAGGGGCGGGGGGUGGAGGACAGUAGAUCCCCCGCCCCCCUCAUUAUCACUAUGGCCCCCACCCGCAGCCCAGGGGUGGGGGAGGACAGUAGGUCUCCCUCUCAUUAUCACUAUGGCCGCCGCGCGGGGGCGGACAGUAGGUCCCCCACCCCCCUCAUUAUCAUUAUGGCCCCCACCAACCGCCCGGGGGGGGGUGGAGGACAGUAGGUCGUCCCCCCAUUAUCUCUAUGGCCCCCAACCGCUGCCCAGGGGUGGGGGGGGAGGACAUUAGGCCCCCUCCCCAUUAUCACUAUGGCCCUCACCCGCCGCCCAGGGGUGGGGGCCGGGGGGGAGGACAGUAGGUCCCCGUCCCCACCUCUCAUUAUCAUUAUGGCAGGAUAGUAGUUUUUUUUUUUUACAGUGAGGAGCCACAGGCUGCUCACUGUUUAGUGGACAUGCCCCUACUCGCGGUAUAGCAAGUAGGGGCAUUGGGGAGAUUUUAAUCUCCCUUAUGCUAUUAUGGGGGUCAUAUUGACCCCCAUAGAGUGAGGGGGGACCUGGGGGGCUUAGGAAGUGGCGGGGAGCACUGCUCCUUGCUGCUUCUAUAGUUACAUAUUACAAAGAGGGAGCUGUGCGCCAGUAGCUCCCUCCUUGUAAUAAACUGAACGAACACUGAAACACAGUGUUAGAUUGUUCGUCUGAUUUUUCUAUUCAUUCAUUCGUCUUUCUGAUGAAUGAAUGAAUGGAUGAAAUUUCCGUUCGCAUGUCCAAGUGUAUCACUGGGACUUCAUCUACCCACACAAAGAUGGCGUCGCCCUGAAUAUAGAUCGGGGCAGAAAAUAAAGAUUAUAAAAUAGGUAAUAUGGGGGGCUUAGGGGCAUUUGGGGGUGACUAGGGGGUCAGUUAGAUGUAGUGGAGUGGAGACGGGGGGUUAAAAAAAAAACGGGAUUCGGCAUGACAGUGCCGCUUUAACAGUUUGGAUCAGCAGUGACUCCAUACGUGAAUGCAUUCUCAUCCAGGUGAUCUUCAACAAGGAGCUCAAUACAGUUGUAAUGUAGUGCUUAUCCUAAAAAAAAAAAUCUGUAUUUAUCUCCAGUUACCAUAUAUCAAAACGUAUUAGUGAUCUGGUACUGGCAUUACUCAUCUCAGGAAGAUGUAAAAGCAUGUUUUAUGAAAACAUGAUACAUUAUUGAAAUAUGAUACAUUAACUAAGCUCUGAAUUGUAAUGCAACAAAAUCCAAAUUGCAAAAUUUAGUGACUUGGUGAGUUUUGUUAAUUUUUCAAAAUCGGCCAUUGUUGCAUAAAUAUUGGCUAAAAUUCAGAGUUUAUGGAAAUAUCUGUUUUAGUAAGCAAGAUGUAAUCAAUACCCUGUCCUUCUUAAUUCCCCUUAGGAGAAAUCAAGGUUAGAAAGUGACUUGGCAAACAUUGCUUCUCAGCUUACAAUGCUGAAGGAAGAGAUUGAUGUCCGAACAGGGAAACUAGAAGACCUUCAAGAACAAAUGAACAAGGUGGUUAUAUAUGUUUUUAGUUUUGGAAUUUUUGUGUUGUUUUUUUAGUAGAGCAGUGUCAGGAAUGGGUGAAUUCUCCCCAUAUUAUUUCUGUAAGAUAUUUCCAAGUGUAUGUGCAAAUCAGAGUGCAAGUAGAUUGUGAAAGGAUUGCUGUGUGGAGAAAAGUCAUGGUGAGAGUGCUUGGAAUGAAAGGCUUGAACAAUCCCACUAACCAAAAAUGUCAAGGCUGUCAUAAACCCUUCCAGGUCUCCAGUAUUAAACAUUUCUAAACCCUUUUGUGAAGUUAUAUACAUAUAAAAUAUAUAAGGUAGGAGAAGACUUGAAACAAAUGUGUAGCACUAAUUUAAAUAUAGGUCUCUUAGCAUUGGUAAUGGUGUUCUUAAAUUGUCUCUCUCAUGUGUAAGUUUUAGCAGAAAUCUGUAGUGUUAGUUUUUCCUUUCCAUGUAUAUAUAUGUUAACUUCACUUUCUGUACUUUCACCUUUGUCACUCACAACAUACUACUCAUUGGCUUUACUGCUGCCUGAUCUCAGCCAUUAAUCAAGUCACCCAGCAGGAAAGAAGAGGCCAAUCGGAAUUCUGAUAUUGCAUUCCAGAAAUAAGAGAUAUAUAUAUAUAUAUAUUGUCAGAAUUUUUUAGUUUGUUUGGUACUCGGUUUUUGCCUUUCAGGGACUGGAAAACACAUUCCAUAUUUCAAACACUGGAGUUUUCUUUUCCAAGAUAAACAGGGUUUUUCUGACGUUUCUCUUAUCCAUGUCAUUAGCAUUAGAGUAUUGUGUCUUCCUUUAAGCCUAUGAGUUAUACUGCCUUUAACACUCUCAAUGUCAUCUGACCUGGAAACUAAAUUGGAUUGGGCCUGUUUAUUCUUACCAUGGCAAUUUGUCCAUCAGCAAUGUAAAGUAGUAUAUGAUUUGUUCUUUUUGGUCCAUGCUCUUUGCUACUGCGUUGUUCAUUGUGUCAAGUCUCUAAAAGUAAUCUUAUUUUUUUAUUCGUCAUUUAUUUUUUCAAAUAUCAUAUACGCCAAUGCUUCUUUGUGAAUGCAGUUCAUCUUCAUUGCCGUGGUGCAUUCCACAAGGGCUAGGAGUGCUUCCUAGCAGAUUUCUACCAUUAAGUAUUAUAAUGUCAUAUCUAGGUGGAGGACAAAGUGUUUAAGGAUUUUUGUGAAGAGAUUGGAGUGUCCAACAUCCGGGAAUAUGAGGAAGAACACGUAAAGCAACAGCAAGAGGCAGAAAAGAAAAGGUUAUUCUGUUUGAGAAUGUAAUACAGUUGUAAUCAAAUUAUUCAACACCCUUUGAAAAUAAAGUUUAGUGUCAAAAUUGACAGACUUUCAGCUCUAUGCAAUGAACACAUCAAACAAAAGCAAAUGAAACCGCUAAACACAAUGAAUGGUUCAAGUGGCUUCCCUAAAUUCAACUGAAAAUGCAACUUGUAAUGACUUCUCAAUUCUCAAAAUUAUUCCACCCCUGAAUAGAAUCCCUCAUAACAGCUCAAAUAUGAAAAACAGGUGUAAUGCAACUAAUCAAGGGCUCCAUUAGUUGUGCUUUAGCUGGAACACUUGAAAUACCUGAACUGGACUAGUUGAGUGUCACGUUUGACUGCAUGUUAGAAAUAUGGCUAAGUCAUAAGAAUGGUCUACAAAGUUAAGAGAAGAGAUCGUCACCAUUCACAAACAAGGAAUAUGAUCCAAAAAAGAUACUAGAGACACCAUUGGAAGCAUAGCUUGCAAGUUCAAAGUCGAAGGAACAGUGGUUACACAACAUCUGGAAGUCUGUAAAUUUUGACAAUAAACCUGAUUUUUAAUGUGGACUGAAUAAUUUUGAUUACAAUUGUAUGUGUGAUUUAUGUGUUAAACAUAAUGAGUGAAUGUAUUAUUUGACAAACCAUUAUUAAAUAGGCAUUAAUUAACCAUACAUUUUACAACCUGUUUUACACCAUAGGAUCAUUUAUAAAAAAUGAAAAAAAUGUUGCUGAAGUGGUCCCUAAUACACAGGUGUUCGAAAAAUUGUAGCUUGUGAUUGUCAUCACAAACAAUAUAAUUUAAUGUAUACAUUUUGCAGCCACAUUGUUAAUUGACAUAAAUACAUUCCUACAUAACACAGAAGUCAUCUACCUUAUAUGUCUACUAUACCUUCAGGGAAAUGUAACAUGUAUUUGGGACAGUAGUAAGGAUUGGGUGUGCUAUCCUGAUAAUUGGAGGAAAUGUAAAAUGAGAUGCUAAAUAAUGCUCAGCUGGAUCAGGAUUCACCAGUCCUCCAUAAGAAACUAAACUAAAGAAACACUAAAUAAAAUAGUUGGGGGACCAGGAGCUACUUUUUAGGAUAUAAAAUGCAAUAAGAGAGAAGGCAGGGAGAAAGAAAAGGAAGGGCUCUAAUGCAAUAUGUGAUAAAAACAGAUAAUGUAAAAAUAGUAAAAUACCUAGGUGUUAAAGCUGCUGAAUGGGAGAUAAUCUAAAACACCAAACAAGAAUAAAUUAAAAAAACAAUAUAUGAACUAGGGUAGAUAAGACCAUACGUGCUCUAAUCCAAGUCCCAUAAAGGUCCAAAUGAAGUCCAAAAUAUAGCACACCCGAAUUUGGUGCCGUUGCAACAACUAAGCAGCCAUGCGGUAAAUGUAUGCUGAGCCCAAACAUGUUUGCUAAAAUUAUAUCAUACUUAAAAUUAAAUUUUACAGGUAGGUACAAAUAACCUAUGAUCUAGUCAAGGGUAAUGAUAUAAAUAUUCACUAGGUGUCCUUAGCAUACCUUCCAGUUACACUGGAUGUCUGAAUAACUUUUAAAGAAUUGAGCAAAUGUAGUAAUAAAAUUAUCCUCUUGGUGGCCUCGGGAUACCUAAAAACAUAAAGUGCAGUUUUUUAUUUGCUUUCUGUAUGAUUAGACACUUUAUUUGACAACAUUAAAAACACUCACAUUUCACAUUGGUUUAAAAGCCAAAUGGGGAAUAAAACCCUAUCUCCUGGUCUCUGAGAUGGCUGUGUAGUUCAAGCUAAAUGGCUGGGAGGACUUUCCUAACGUGUUUCAUUCAUUAGAGAUCCAGCCUCUGAAAGUGGAUCUCUAAUCCACAAAACAUCUUAGGUGAACCCUUGCACUUUUAACUACAACCAGUGAACGAUCACAUUUCAUCAAACAAAGCCAUCCGCCAAAGUGACUGUUUGGAACACACAACAACUUGGUCAUCAGCUUGGGCUGGGAGAACUGGAGCCCCUUUAAGAGGACUCUUAGUGCCGUGCACCCAUGUGUGUUCAACACACCAUGCAUAGAAAACAAAUAUAUAACAGAAAAAGUGGAGCAUUAUUUUCAAAUGUUUGUGUAAUUAAUAAGGAACCCCCAAAUAAUAUUGCCUUGUGUUUGUUUUUUUAAAGAUAUUCAUGUUCCACAAUGCGUACAUGUAAAAUAUAAAAUCAAAGCACAUAUAGUGCAGAUGGUUUAAAUCCUACAGAAAACAUUCUAUUGUAUUCAUUUUUAUUGGAGUUAAAUAAGUUUGCUGGUCAUUGAAUGCUGGAGAGUGGAAUUAUUGCGUAUGGGAGAGGUGGGUGACAACCUAUAUAAGUCACAUAUGCUGAAUAUACUAGCGUGGUUUAAAAGCUUUAGUAAAUGUGAGUGUGUGUGUAACAAUCAUAUUUCAUAUAUUUUUUACAUGAACGCAUUGUGAAACAUGGAGAACAUCCUAUUAAUAAACCACAAGGUAAUAUAAGUAUUUUUUAGGUUCUUUAUUCCUUACACAAACAUUUGAAAAUAACGCUUCACCUUCUCUAUUAUAUGUUUAUUUUGGACAUAUCCUGGACAUUUCAUACAGUAUAAUUAAAGAAGACUCUAUUUCCUGAUAUGCCUUUUAUGUUGUUUAAAAUGGGUACAACAUAUUGAGGCGGGCCAUACAAGUCCCGGGGAGGGUCUGGAAUAGCUAAGACCCAACACAAUCCCUAUGUGAAAACCCAGUCUUUCAGUACUCUGUCAACAGACAUUCCAGCGCUCCACCUUCAGAUUUUAUCAGCAGAAGAAUGGUACCAAUCUGUAGCCCACAAUCCUUGUGUGCUGGCCUCCCAGUGGGAAGUUGCUUCAAUUGCCAGACCUCCCCUGGUCAGGGCACUUUGACAUCUGUCGCAUGGUCUGCCAACCUAUUCACAGUACUCUGCCCUCCAGGUUUGUUGAAUUAACAUGUUAAUGAUGAUGUGUAAAUUCUACAUUAUCAAUGCUGCUGGUGAAGGGGAGUUCUCUGGGUGUCUCUGAGAGCUUGUUUUUUUUUCUUUUUUUCAAACCACUCUUAGGAGUUGGGGGAUGGUGGCCCUUUUUUACCAUAACCGCUACACUGAGCAGGAUCACCUCCCACUGACAUAGAUCACCUCAGAGAAUGCCUGAAUCAGGUCCCCCAAAUUACAGCAUCCUCCACAUUAGGAGCACUACAGCAUUAGGAAUAUAAGUAUGUGUUUUUUAUAAUGCUAAAGUGUUCUGCUCCCUAUUUAGAUUCAGGGCCCCCCUAAAAUAUAUAUUUUUUAAAAAUGUUUAACUUACUCUUUUUUUCAGCAUCAAGACUCACAUCAAGCGGCUGUUCAUUCAGUUUCCCGUGCCGUCUUCCUGGAGGUUGUCUCCUCUUCGUCUUCUCAUCCAAUCCAAAGCUUCUCAUAGUGGAACAUUUUUGGACGAGAAGUGCAUGUGCAGCAAGCGGCAGGCUCACCCAGUCAAAUGCUUCUCAUAGCGAAGUAUUUAAUCCAGUGCUUCCCUAUGAUAAGCAAUGGAGGACAUUCAAGGUCCUAAAGCCGUUAGUGAGCAUGUAGAAUGUCUGACUUGGUCAAAUGAGCACAGGCACCCUCUUUUGACUGUCAGGGAGACGCCCACUUCAGGAGGGUUAGCCCUGCAGUGUAUCUACAAAACAGCAGUUGUUUAUUUUGCAAGACGAAAACGACAGGGCAACUGCUUCCAGACCACUUCAUUGAGAAGAAGUGUUUUUUUUUUUUUUUUUUGUUUAAUUCUUUUUAUUAAAUUUUUCAUGAGAAUAUUAAUAGACAUAACAACACCUAGGGGAAGGAACCUUACAGAGAAAAAAUAAGGACUCCUAUCCCCAUUAAACAUACAAAAGUGUAAUGUUCUAUUUCAAAUUUCAUCAAUAGGCCGUCUAGAACACAAUAAUAUAGUAACAUUAAAGUCCCAUCAAGUGGGUGUCAUGGUCCAAAAACGGCCUUAAAAAGCCUUAUAGAUAAGACAGGCAAAGCCUUAUAGAUAAGACAGGCAAAGACAAAGACAAAACUGGUCAUAUAUAAUGCAGAUCCAAUACCACAUUUAAAUAAAACAAUAUGAGGACAAUAUGAGAAGAAGUGUUCUGUGUGCCAAAUAGUGAUCCUUUAAUGCCACUAUGCACAAUUUUCCCAUUGGCAAGGAAUUGUUCACUUUCUAUAUAUUAUCUAUUUUAUUAUUUAUCUAUUUUAGAUCGGAGUUUGAAAAUCAGAAGACUCGUUUAGGAAUUCAGCUGGAAUACAGCCGAGGACAACUUGAGAAGGAAGGAAGGAAGGUGGAAAAGCUAGAAGAGACAUUGCGUGUAGAACAAGAAGAAAUAUCCAAGCUAAAAAAAGUAGGAAUUUGUGCAGUAAACUGAACGACCACAGGAACACAGUCUUUGCUAAUUGUCAUUUUUUUAGCUAUUCAGGUUGCUUAACAAGACAUAAGGCUGUGUACUCUUGGAUAAAUACCCCAAAACAUUACACUUAACAUGAGUGCAACACUAUUACAGCUCAGGAAAACAGUUACCUGUGUACCAUCCUUUUACUGUGUGCUUUGUUUUGUUUUAUGUAUUUAAGCUGUUGUGGGAGUUUAAGUGCAGGGCUUUAUUUUGUGUGACUAUAACAGCUCUAUUCAUAAAGGAGCAUAAGACCAAAAACUACAUAGGUAACAGCUUUAUUAAUGCUGGAAGAGAAUAUAAGUGCAAGCCAUAAGAAAUGCACACGAUAGCAGAGGCCACCAAAUCCACUGUUAGAUUAAUACAUACCGCAAAACAAUCAAAAAGGACAGGGGAGUAAAAAAACAAGGAAACAUUAUGGCACAGAAAAUUUACUCAAAUAACACACAAUCAAAGAGGGUAAAAGAACACUCACAAACAUAAAUGCACAGAAAUAUGACUGUGCAAAAACAGCAUAAAUGCCUUACCGGCCAAGAACGAUCCAGCACUCAGUCUAACUGAUACAUCUGGGAAUAGGGCUUGCAGUUGCGUGGUCUCAAACUCAAAGGUUUGUCCAAGCUUCUCAAGUUGCCAGGAAUCUUUCUAUUACACGUAGAGUGUAAACAAAGAAUGGCUGUAUUGGGUUAAUUACCAACUUGAAGGAUACCACCUUAACAGUAAAUAUACCAUAACACUAGAGGCAUCAUUAAAAACUGUGCCAAUGGCAGUGUAAGGAUGCUGGCCUUUUAUCAAUGCCACAUGCUGUUUUGAAUUUAUCACUUCAGCUUUACCAUUCUUAAUGGGUGCCAAAAUUGUGAUCAUUCACUGUUGUAAAUAUAUGGACAGGCCUGAAUUUUCACUAGCCAAUUGUCUAUGACAACUAAGAAAAGUAGCAAUAGCAAAAAUCUGCUUUCCUUUUACUUUAAUUGAAAAUGGUUUGACAAUUAACUUUUACCUUCCUGACUAGUAACUUUUUCCAGUGGUUGUUGAACCUCGUUUCAUACAUUAAUUUCAGUGUUUGACAAAUGCCAUUUGCUUUUAUUAGCCAUGACCAAAAGAGAAAAGUCAGGCAAUAUUUUCAUAAGCGACACAUACUCCCUAAGCCAAUCUCACUCUUAGAUGUACCUAAUUAACGCACAAUCAUUACAAAUAAGCCACUCUAAUACUUACAUACCCCAUUAGCUGCACACUGUCAAACACAUGCACACUCCAGCAGCAGAGCUGGCCUUUCAGCCCCUAGUUUCCCAGAUUGCAUUCUGUUCAAAUGGUAGGAGGAAAUAAUGCCAUAUUGCAUUGACCCAUGGUUGUCAGUCAGGAUGCAGGAAGAAAGGGGAGCAGAAAAUCUGUCUCUGCAACCAUAGCAUGAAUGGCACAAGCUGUGUGUUUUCGUACCAUUGGGCCAUUAGGGGUGACUGAAAGAUAUCAUCUGAGUGACAGGAGCAGGAAUUCUCAGUGUCAGGUUUUUUCCAUAUCUGUGUUGAGCCAUACUUUAUAUGGAUGUUACAUGGGUGGUAGCUGAUCUGCCCAUAUUUAGGGUUCCUUAUAAAUCUGAUGGCAGACAGAGAAAACUUUGACACUGUUCCUCAGCCACAGCUGCGAAGAUAAGGCAUUGUAUGCUGAAUCGCAGUCUGUAGCAGAGCAGAAUGACUUGGUUUGAAGAAGGGAUGCCUCUCUGUGUCACUACACACCUGUAAUCCACAUAUACUAUGCCCUCCACUAAUAUUGGCACCCUUGGUAAAUAUGAACAAAGAAGACCUUUUGUUUUAAAAAAUUCUCAUUGAUAUUAAACAAUUGCAAACACAACACAUGUUUAUUAAAAUAAAUAAGUCUUUGGGACAAUUAUUGGCACCCUUAUAGCCAAUUAGUCCAUAUUUUGUGCUGCCUAUCUUUGCCAAGAUAACAGCUCUGAGUCUUCUCCUAUAAUGCCAGAUGAGGUUAAAGAAUACAUGACAAGGGAUACAAGACCAUUUUUCCAUACAGAAUCUUUCCAGACCCAUUUUAAUUUCGAGUUCACUGCUGGUGGACUGUCCUGUUCAGUUCACCAUUUUUAUGCUGAUUUUGAUGUAUGUUUUGGAUCAUUGUCGUCACCGUUCCACCACGGUCCAUUUUAAGCUUUCUGGUAGAUGCAGUGAGGUGUUCUUUAAUAUCUGUUGAUAUUUGAUAGAGUCCGUGAUGCCAUAAGAGCAGAGUAUUUUUGUGUAUUUUCUGAACAAUAUGUAAAAAGGUUAAACCGCAAAAUCAAUUUUUCUCAGCCUACAUUGCUAAUAUUUACCAAGGGUGCCAAUAUUAAUGGAGGGCACUGUACAUCGCUUAUGAAGCUGAACUAGAAAUAUUAGUGUGUAUAGGUCAGAACAAUAGAACAUCUAUGCAGGAUAGAGAGAAUGAUCCAAAUUAGUUCACACUCUUUUUCAAAAUGCAUAUAACGUUUCGAUUAAUCCAAAAUAGGAGGAAGCACGUGCUAUGGCUCUGGUGGAUGAAGGUUUACGACAGCUGCAGGAAUUUAAAAAUACCUUUACCUUCAAAAAAGCGGAAGUUGCAGAUGCCCAGAAAAAGGUCGAUGAGACACGAAAAAAAAUAUUAAGCGUGAACAGGUAAUGGAGAUUGUAAAAGCUGUAAACUGAACUAAACACUAUGAAUAUAAAAUUAAACAAUUAAUUGGUUCAAAACAAAAAUUUUAUUUUCUAACUUUUCAUGAAUUAAUUGUAUUAUUUCAGACCAUUCUGACUACUUUUAGCUAGUAUAUCACCUCUAAAAACCUGGUCAGUGCCUUGUGGUGUGUUUUUUCCAAUUCUUUAUGUUAUAUACAUUAAAAAAAUAAAAUAAAAGUGACAAAAAAAGAUCAAUGUAUAUAAAGUGUAUUAAGGUCCUAAAACAUUAUGAUGAAAUGACUAUGCUUACAGCUGAAAAGUGACUAAGGCAUCAAAAAGUGCAUAAAUAAAAGUCGUUGAGACGGAGUGAGUGUGCAAUAUCCCGUUGUGUAAAAAUUAAUCGACCCAGAGAAAGACAAUGAUAGAAAAUUAUACCUUUUUACAUUAGUAAUAUUAAUGAUUAAUAUAUAUACAACAUAAAGAAAUUGGAAAUAUAUUUGUAACGGAUGUAAAAGUCAUAUUGAUUUUGACAUGAUUAAAUUGUAUCAUUCAUAGCACUGUCACUUUAAUUUUUUUAGUUUCACACUUGACACGUGUACAUUUUUAUUAUAUUCAACACAGCUUCAGAUCUAUUUUUCCUCAGUUUUCACCUGCCAUUGCAAAAAUCUUAUAUUUUGGAUUUAUUAUAGCUGCAAGUGUGGGACAUGUGGUUCUUAUUAUAUUUGUUUGUUUGAAAUUGUUUAACCCCUUAAAGGACCACUAUAGUGCCAGGAAAACAUACUAAUUUUCCUGGCACUAUAGUGCCCUGAGGGUGCCCCCACCUUCAGGGUCCCACUCCCGCCAGGCUGGGUGGCAAGGAAAGGGGUUAAACUUACCUUUUUUCCAGCGCCGGGCGGGGAGCUCUCUGCCUCCGAUCCUCCUCUUCGGCUGAAUGCACAUGCACGGCAGGAGCUGCGCGCGCAUUCAGCCAGUCUCAUAGGAAAACAUUUACAGUGCUUUCCUAUGGACGCUGGCGUCUUCUCACUGUGAUUUUCACAGUGAGAAGCACGUAAACACCUCUAGCGGCUGUCAAUGAGACCACCACUAGAGGCUGGAUUAACCCAUUUAUAAACAUAGCAGUUUCUAUGAAAUUGCUAUGUUUAUAAAAAAAAAAAAAAGGGUUAAUCCUAGAGGGACCUGGCACCCAGACCACUUCAUUAAGCUGAAGUGGUCUGGGUGCCUAGAGUGGUCCUUUAAUCCCUUAAGGACUGGACUGUUUUUACGAUGUUGUACAUUUGCGACCAGGCAUAUUUUUACACUUUUGUGGUGUUUGUGUUUGGCAGUAAUUUUCCGCUCUCUCAUUUACUGUUCCCAUACAAAUUAUAUAUUGUUUUUUUCAGGACAAAAGGGGCUUUUUUUACAUACCAUUAUUUAUAUAAUCUCGUGUAUUUUAAUUUAAAAAAAAUAAAAAAAAUGAUGAAAAAUUGAAAAAAAUACAUCUUUUUUGACUUUUACUUGAAAAAUCAUCUACUCAUCUACAAAAGCGAAUGUUUAAAAAUACCCAGUGUUUACGUGCUUUUUUGCAUGUUAUAGGGCUAUAGGUACAUGUAGGAUAUUGCGGUUUCAAAACAUAAAUUUUUAAAAUUUAUCAAUAGUGACAUUGUAACACUAUUAUCUGUCAUAAAUCUCUGAAUAACACCCCACAUGUACAUAUUUUUUUUUAAAGUAGACAACCCAGGGUAUUCAAUAUGGGGUAUGUCCAGUCUUUUUUAGUAGCCACUUAGUCGAAAACACUGGCCAAAGUAAGCAUUCAUAUUUAUUUGUGUGUGAAAAAAGUAAAAAAAAAACUAAAUUGAACGCUAAUUUUGGCCAGUGUUUGUGACUAAGUGGUUACUAAAAAAGACUGGACAUACCUCAUUUGCAAUACCUUGGGUUGUCUUCUUUUGCAAAUGGUAUGCCAUCAUGGGGGUAAUUCUCAUUCCUGGGCUACCAUACACUCUCAAAGGCAACGUAACCAACCUGGCCAUUUUCAGUGUAAAAAUAUUUGACCCAUAUAUUUGACCCUGUAACUUUCAAAAAUGCUAUAAAACUUGUACAUAUAUACAAAUUCAUUCUAAGUGUAUUUUGAUAUAAAUAUAUAUAUAUAUUAAUUUAAAAAUACAGUUAUAAUAAAAUUUCAUUUAGAUAUAGAUUUUUUUUUAAUUUUUAUUAUUUAAAUUUUUUUUAUUUAAAUUACUUAUUAUUUAUAUUUUAUAAUAAUAUAUAUACAAUAUAUAUAGUUAUUAUAUAUAUUAUAUAUAUAUACGUGUGUAAUUUAAUAAGUACAUAUUAAUAUAAAAAUACACUUAGUAUGACAUUAUAUAUAUGAUAUAUAGACACAUAUAUAAUUUUUUUAUUUUUUUAUAAACCCUAACUUUACUUAUUUUUUUUGAUUUUACACAUGCAGGGAGACUGCCUGUCAGCACAGGCAGUCCCCCUGCAGGCAGACACAUGGACACCUAUUGUGACCAUGUGAUCGCUGUGUUAAGCGAUCACAUGGCCACAGGGGUCCUAAUUCAGUGUGGGUAGACUGUCUGGGCUGCAGGCAGUCUCCCCACACCGGGAGCACCGCUGAUCGCCGCCGGGGGAAUGACGGCGAUCAGGUAAGUACAUUGGACCGUUAGGACGGUUCAGGACCGUCAUCGGUCGGCAAGGCAAAAAUGCCGAUGACGGUCCUGAACCGUCCUCGGUCCUUAAGGGGUUAAGGACUGAGCCAAAUGUACACAAAACAUGGAAUUUGACUAUAUGUCUGUUCAACUGUAAUUCACCUCUUUCAUAUUAAGUGCACCUACACUUAUUAUAUAUAAUUUUAUUCAGGGGAAACAUGGCUUUCAUUUAACAUCAAAUAUUUAGCUAUUAAACAUAAUUUAAUAUGAAUAAAAUAUUUUAAAAAUGGGAGAAAAUAAGAAAUUUUAUUCUUUUUAGUUCUACAUGACAUUUUAACUGUGAAUGUCAUAAUAAUUUUUGCUUUUACUGCAAUAAAAUACACAUAUUUGUAUUCAGCGAUGUCUCACGUGUAAAACAGUACCCGCUAUGUACAGGUUUUAUGGUGUUUUGGGAAGUUAAAGGGUCAAAUAUAGCAUGUUACAUUUUUCAUUUUUUUUCACAUUGAAAUUCACCAGAUUGGUUAUGUUACCUUUGAGACCGUAUUGAUAUAAAUAUAUAUAUUAAUAUCAAAAUACAAUUAGAACGAAAUUACUCUUUUUUUUAAAACAUAUUUAUUUUAUAUUAUAUAUAAAUAUAUAUAUAUAUUUAUAUAUAUUUAAUCGAUAUCAUUCUAUGUUUAUUGUGAUAUUAAUAUAUAUAAUUAUAUAUAUAUUAAAAUACACUUAGACAGUGUAUGUAUGUGAAAGUGUAUAUAUCUAUAUAUGAUCCAAGUUUAUAUUAUUGAAUUCAAAACAGUUUUUAACUUUAUUUUAAUUUUAUUACAGGCAACAGGGGAACUACCUGUCAUUCAAGGCACUCACCCUGCUGGCACUGCUAUGGACGCUAUUCCGUCCAUGUGAUCGUGAGGUCCUCGCAAGGACCUUGUGAUCACAUGGCCUAGGAGGGCCGGAUCGGCAGCAGGGGGACUCCCUGGGAUGCCAGGCAAGACCCCCUAUGGCGUUUAGAGCCGGGUCCCUAAGGACGGCAUAGCACGCCUGCCGUCCUUCAUGGGUUAACAGAGAAACUGAAAGCUUAUAUAUGGUUAUUAUUGUGUCAUCUGUAAUUUCUCCCUUUCUUUAUAUUUCUGUAUUUUGUUGUUAAGAUUGGCUAUGCAUGUGAGAGGAGACUGGGGCUCCUAUAAGCGCUUUCUUUAUUUCUAUGGCAAUCAGAAUCUUCAGCCGCUGGAUAUGACAUCAUCCUGAAAGCGGUCUAUUCAUUUGCAGCUUUACAUUACAUUGGCUUUAUUCAAAAAAUUUUGAGCUGCAACACAGCGCUUACCUCGGCAGCAUUCUAGAAUGAUGAUACUACUGAAACUCUUUAUAGUUUAUUGUGGCCAGCCUAGGGCACACCUGUGCAAUAAUUAUGCUGUCUAAUCAGCAUCUUGAUAUGCCACACCUGUGAGGUGGAUGGAUUAUCUCGGCAAAGGAGAAGUGCUCACUAACACAGAUUUAUACAGAUUUGUGAACAAUAUUUGAGAGAAAUAGGCCUUUUGUGUACAUAGAAAAAGUCUUAGAUCUUUGAGUUCAGCUCAUGAAAAAUGGGGGCAAAAACAAGUGUUGCGUUUAUAAUUUUGUUCAGUGUAUAUGAGAGAAUGCCGAUUGACUGACAUCUAUUUCCUGUUUGUUUCUGAGUGGUCAGCAAAAAGAUCCUGCCCAUAAUGGCAGAGAAUCAAGCAUUGAGAUUGCAGGGGCAUGAUAUACACCAAAACUGCUUCAUUAAGCUAAAGUUAUUCUGGUGACUAAAGUGUCCCUUUAACCUCUUAAGGACACAUGACAUGUGUGACAUGUUAUGAUUCCCUUUUAUUCCAGAAGUUUGGUCCUUAAGGGGUUAAGCUUAAAAAAGGCUCAAGUAAGUGCUGCGGUGCACUGUCCCUUAAUAAAAUACUGCCUACGUGAGUAAACUCCCGGAUGUGUCUGGGUUUUUGUGGACUUUGGGAGUUUGCCCUUCUUUGCUAUAUUGCUGCUUUUGGUUAAACUCACAAUUCGGAUUUAAAGAAAUCUAUUUCAAAUGUUUAAAUAUGUAGAUAUCUGUAUUCUGUGCAUUUGGGCUUUCCUGAAAUACAGCAUACUAAAAUUCACUUUAAUGUUUCUUACCAUAAUGGUAAAGGUUGACAUUUGCACAUACGUAAAUAUAAAAAAAUAAGAAUAGUGAUUUUUUUUUUUUUGUGUGUGCCAAUUAUAAGGAAACAGGAAUAAUGCUUGGGGGUGAAUAUUGAACUAUUGUCAUUUUGUAAUAUCUAUCUGGAGAGAAAGCUUUCAAAUAGUAACAUUUUUGCUUUCUAUAGGGAAAUUGGAAAGCGACAGAAGGAAUCUAUGGUGAUAGAAAGUUUGCUAGAACAGAAAAGAUUGGAAAGGCAUAAUUUGCUUCUGGAUUGCAAAGUUCAAGAUUUACAAAUAACUAUCGUGACUGGCUCACUGGAUGAUAUUACUGAAAUCGAGGUAGUGAAAUGUAUAACUUGACGUAAUUUGACGAGUCUGUGUGUGCAUGUCAUUGUGUGUAAAUGCUUGCAUUUCUAUUUAAAGAUUUUUUUUUUAUUUUGCAGCUGGAAUCUGAAAGCACUCAAAGAACUGCAGAUAUUUAUGAAAGAGAAGGGAACAUUGUCUUAGACUAUAGCAAACUUCCCAAUGAGCUAAAGGUAGUCCUUUUACAUUUGUCUUUUCAUUGGUUAAUGUUGCGUUGGAGAAUGUUACUGGUUCAAUAAAAUGUUACAUUAUGCAAACAAAAAUACUUUGUUAUGAAGUACAUUAAUGUGUAAAGAGACAUUCCGAUCAUCUGUGCAUCUUACAUGUUUAUUAACGCUUAAAGGAACACUAAAGGGUCAGGAAUACAUGUAUUGUUUAAUCCACCAUUUAGGUGGCCUGGCCCCCUUAGAAAAGGUGAAAACUCACCUUAUUCCCAGCGCCGCGCAUGUCCACCGAUGCUGGCCCUGCCUCAGAUCCACCUCCUUGGUGAUAUCAGAAAUGCAGAUUUUUGCCAAUCCAGUGCUUUCCCAUAGACUGAAAUUGGCAAGGAGGCAGGAUAAGGGCGGGGCUAAACACCAUUUUAGCCAAUCAGCACCUCCUCAUAGAGAUGUAUUGAAUCAAUGCAUCUCUAUAAGGAAAAUUCAGCAUCCCCAUGCAGAGAGUGGAGACACUGAACGUACUGCUGCCUUCUGUGCAGCACUGAGCCAGGAAGCACCUCCAGUGGCCAUCUGAGGAGUGGCCACUUGAAGGUGUCCCUAGGGGGCAAUGUAAACACUGCCUUUUCCCUGAAAAGUCAGUGUUUGGAUUAAAAUGCCUGCAGGCAAUGAUUAUAUUCACCAGUACAACUACAUUAAGCUGUAGUUCAAGCAUGUCAAACUCAAAGGCUAGCACAGGCCACAUAAACAAGGUUUAAGUUUAUGUGGGCUGCAAAAAAAAAUAAAAAACCUUAAAUUUUCAUAGAAACGUAGGUUUGUUUUAAAAAGUACAGAAUUAAAAAAAACAGCAUCCCCUCUACUAAACCCCAGUCUCCCCUCUGUACUAAAUAUCAGUCCCUCCCUCUGUACUAAUUCAAAGUCUCCCCCGCACCCCCUCUAUACUAAAUCCCAGCACUCCCCUCUAGUAAACCCCAAAAAGCAAUAUUAGCCAACAAGCAAAUUUCACUCACAUUGCCGCUGCCAGUAUGCGACUCCGGAGUCCAGCCCGUGGUAUACCCCCAAUGGCGCUGUCCGCAUCCUGUGCCAAACCGAUCCUCCUGCUACUCCUUGAAAACCUGUGAAGGUGGAGCACGUUAACGUCACGUCAGAAUGUGGCGUUGCGUGCCCCGCCAGGUUCUCCACUGUCCGCACACUGACAAACAGACAGAGAGACACACACACACAGUGACAGUCACACACAAUGACAGUCACACAUACACAGUGACAGUCACACACACUUUAACAAUCUGGCACACACUCACAUCAUUGCAUUCAUUACUCCCUAGCUUUGGGAGCUGGUGUGGGACCUCUCCCUGAUCUUCUCUUGGGAGCUCAGUCUUCUUGCUCCCGCGCGCGCAGCUUAGUGAUGCCGGGUGCCGAAAUAUGACGUCAUAUUCCGGCACCCGGCUUCACUUCAGACGGCACGUGAGGAGCAAGAAGACUGAGCUCCCUCUCUACCGCCAGAGACCUCUCCCGCGGCCGUGUAAAUGAGCAGAGUAGGCACCUGCAAUGUGGGGAGAAGAGAUGCCCACUCUGCUUUAGUAAGCAUGUCAAAUAUUUGACAUGCUUGCUGUAGUUAUUCUGGUGACUAUAGUGUCCCUUUAAGGUAAGACCACUUAAUGUACAUCAAUAGUAGAAAACGGAAUUCAUUCUGAAAAGCUAUCAUUGGCUUAAAUACAACUCAUCUUGCACGCCUGCAUAUAUCUCAGUGGAUUUUCUAGGAAAGCAUUGACAGUGUGCACAUAAUCGUGAUUCAUGUUUCACUCCCGUAUACUUAUAGGAGAGAAUGCUGAUUGACUGACAUCUACUUCCUGUUUGUUUCUGAGUGGUCAGCGAAAAGAUCCUGCCUUUUUUUUUAAUGCAUUGCUUUCAUUAUCUAAAGAAAUAGGUUAACUUUUAGACUCUUAUUUCCCUUUAAUUUCUCAAAUCAAAAGAACAGAAGUUUCACACCUGAGUCUGUCUGUUACUGUCAGUUAUUAUAGUGCCUUACAGACAGAACGGUUUUAUUUACUAAAUUAGAGUUGCAAAAUUUGGGCCACAAAAAAUAAAACAAUAGAAAUAUUUGCAGUUAUUUUUACAGUUCUGUGUUUAAUGAGAAAUAACAGGAACAUGGAAUAAAAAAAUGGGUAAUAUUCUUUAGUAGUCAUUUCAUCUUUUGUGCAGUUGAAAAGUAUAUUUCAUAAUAACUGUCAAAGUGCAGUUAAUGAAUAAUAAACUAAUAACUAGAAUAUGUCUUAUCUAGGGAAUUAUACAUUGUUCUCUAUUUUAAGUAAUUAUCAUAAAACAACUGUUCACAGCUGCUUAAUUAUUGGGAACCGUUGAAUAUGUGAUGGUAUAUAUGAAAGUUUACUCCCUUUCCAAACAGCGUGCUAUGAGUGAUAAGGAGAUUGGUGCUGAACUUACGAAACUGCGUCAGGAAUGUAUAACACAUGAAAAUACAUUACUCAAGACGUCUGCUCCAAACCUAAAAGCAUUAGAAAAGCUACAAAUCGUCAGGAAUAAGUUUCAAGAAACUGCCGAUGGUAAAUAACAGUUUCAGCUUAAUAUUAUUUUCCAUGGAGAGUCUGUGUAAUUUUUCCUCUAAAGUAACAAUUUUUCAACAUAGAGAUCAUCAACCCAUUUAGCACGAUACAGUGAAUAUUUAAAAAUUCUAAAAUUAAAAACUGCUAUCGCAUAUUUUUCCUUGUUUGGAACACAUUACUCUAGGUAUAAUAACAGUCUGCUUUAAAUGGUAGGAUGAUUAGGGGCCGGUUGACAUAUUUUAAAUGAUCUUUUCAUUAUGGCCAUACGUAAUCUCUUCACUAAAAAAGUAUGGUGUCUAGUUGACAUGUUUGGGCAAAAAUAGAUUUUGUUCAAGUUCUGUAUAUUUCCAUACCACCAGAUGUGACAAUUGCCAGAGACUGAUUCUAGAAUUUUAACAUUCUGUUCAAUAAACAAUGCCUUCAUCAAUAAAUUAGCAUAAUACAAAAAUGUGCAGCAUUUUUGUGCUGUUAAUGUAAGAACUCUGGAUAGACACAGUUGUUUUUAUAUUUCCUUUUAAUUUUAUUUCUUGGUUUUGUGUGUGUUUUAAUGUUCUUUUAAUUGGUGCUUAAAGGAUUACGCCAACCACCAUGACCACUUCAGUGAUUUGAAGUGGUCAUGGUCGUAGGAUUCAGUAUGUGCCUUGUUUCUGCUUGAAACAUUGCACAUACAGAGAUAUUGUUAAUUGUGUGCUGGAGGCUAGUUGCACACCCAGUACACGUGACUUGGGCAGCCCAGAACUCUGUGCCGGGCUUUGUGUUUAAAUGCAAGGAAAAGCUUGCUCUCGCUUCCUUCCACAUUGUGCUACCUCCCACCUGCCUCAGUGCACAUUCAUCUUUUUAUUUAAAGCCCUCCCUCAUCUCCACUCCCCUCGCCUGCUCAGAGUACGCGCAUGCUCUCUGAACAGGCAAAAUUAUCUAUUCACAGGCUUCUCUAUAAGUAGCCUGUUGUCACGACUACUGGAUAUUAGAUGUCAGUUAGUGGAGUCUGAGUUCUCAUACCUGUGAUUGGACUGUGCGUGGCACCAGUGACGUUGAGAGAGGGGUGCCGAAGAGCAGCACCAGGACCUUUGCCCGGCGCUGGAGUCAAUGUAAGUAAAACCUUUUUUUUUGCAUGUUUUACUGCAAAUUGAGAGGGGGGCCCUCCCCAUAGUGCACUGUAGUGCAUAUUAUGCCAUAAAGGUCCCUCCUCUAUUGUAACCCUUUAAAUAUUUUGUAUUUGUUAUAUUAAGCUGUUAAGUUGACAGUUUGGCAAGGCGUAUCAAUUGUUUUAAAUUUCAUCGCAUUUUUUUAUAAAACAGCACCAGGAUUUUUAACUUAAAGGAACUGUAUAGGUAAAAGAAAAUAGCCAAUCCCCCGCCCCCAACAGUAAACCUAGAGUCGCUAAAUGCCUUUUCUCUAAAUAGUGUUGUGACGGACCGCCUGGCACCCCGACUGGGUGCCUCUGCCAGUCGCUGCUACCUAGUAGCCUGAAGUACCAUAAGCAUCGCACCGUAGACCCUUAGCUGCCGCAGCUUGGCUGGGGUCUCAACGUCCUUCAUCCACCCUGGACCCAAGACCAGGAUCCAGCUUCCAGUGGUUAGACCUCUCCUACUAGAGAGUGUAGCAAUAUGUUCUUAAAAAAGCAAGUGAUUAUAAUCCCAGAGGAGUAUAGUAAUAUAGCAACCCCCAGAGUGAAUAUAGCUAUUUCUUCCACACAUGAGACGAGGCUCUAUGUUGAGGGUGAAGAGGAACACGUUUAUUGGUAGACAGAACUGGCUUUAUAUGCAAGUCCCAAUGCAAGAGGCACUCCCCCCUGGACCUGAGUGUAAACCACAGCAGAAAAAAACACACGAUUAUAUUGGCUCUCAGAUCCAGGACACUCCCAUACAUAAUAAGACAAUCCCUCCCCUGUGCCUGGGAGAUAAUUGAGUCAUGAACUGAACUAAACUCAAUUAUCUCCAGACACAAAAAACACACAUAUCACAAACACCCCAAAAGUACCUUAACCCCUUCAGGACGGAGUCGAUAGUGAAAGUUCUGAUCAAAACAAAACAUAAACAAAAACUGGAAUUUGUGCUAUAUGUCUGUUUAACCAUAAUUCACCGCUGUCACAUUAAGUGCACACACACUUAUUAUAUAUCAUUUUGUUCAGGAGAAACAGGGCUUUACUUUAUCAUUAACUAUUCAUAUAUGGAACAUAAUUUAUUAUGAAUUAAAUUUAAAAAAAAAUGUGAGAAAAUAAGAUAUAUUUUUUAAAAUUCGUAUUUCCGUCUGACAUUUUAGCUGUGAAUCGUAUAAUCAAAGCUGGAAGUGCACUCAGCUCCUCACUAGGGAAUCCAGGGUGCUCUUGAAAAAGUCCCAGUACCCAAAAGGACCAAGCGGAUAAAUUUGUAGAAAAUGAUCAAGGCACUCCAAUAGUUUCCAAUUGUUAAGCCAAUUGUUAAGGCAAUUUAUUUGGACCAGGAACUACAAAGCAAUGUUUCAGCCCAAACAGGACUUUUUUUUUUUUUUUUAAAAAGCCUUGUUGGGGCUGAAACGUUGCUUUGUAGUUCCUGGUCCAAAUAAAUUGCCUUAACAAUUGGAAACUAUUGGAGUGCCUUGAUCAUUUUCUACAAAUUUUAGCUGUGAAUGUCCUAAUACUGUUAGGUUUUACUGCAAAAAAAUGCACAUAUUUGUAAUCAGCGAUGUCUCACGAAUACAACAGUACUCCCCAUUAACAGGUUUUAUGGUGUUUUGGAAAGUUACAGGGUAAAAUAUAGAACGUUCCCUUUUGAAAUUGAAAUUUGCCAGAUUAGUAAUGUUACGUUUGAGAUGGUGUGGUAGCCCAGGAAUGAGAAUUACCCCCAUAAUGGCAUACCAUUUGAAAAAGUAGACAACCCAAGGUAUUGAAAGUGGGGUAUGUUUAGUCUUUUUUAGUAGCCACUUAGUCACAAACACUGGCCAAAGUUAGCGUUCAUAUUUGUUUUUGUGUAAAAAAGCAAAAAACUAAUAUUUGGUCAGUGUUUGUGACUAAGUGGCUACUAAGAAAGACUGGACAAUACCCCACUUGCAAUGCCUUGAGUUUUCUAAUUUUGCAAAUGGUAUGCCAUCAUGGGGGUAAUUCUCAUUCCUGGGCUACCAUAUGCUCUAAAAAAGGCAACAUAACCAAUCUGGCAAAUUUCAAUGUCAAAAAAAAUGAAAUGCAAGCCUUAUAUGUGACUCUCUAACUUUCCAAAACACCAUAAAACCUGUACAUGGGGGUUACUGUUAUUCUCAGGAGACUUCACUAAACGCAAAUAUUAGUGUUUUAAAACAGUAAAACAUAUUACAACAAUAAUAUAAUCCAUAAAAGUGCUGUUCGUUUGUAAAAAAAAUGCAAAAAACUUCACUUUUACUUUAAAUAUCAGCGUUGUAAUACAAUUUAUCAGUUUGAAACACUAAUAUUUCAGUUCAGCGAAGUCUCCCGAGUAAAACAGUGCCCUUACAGGAUCAAAUAUAGUGCUUGCGAAUUAAAUUCUCUGCACUUUCUCCCUGUGUUGUCAGGCAUGUCAAUCAAAUUUUAAUUAAUCAAAUCACAUAAUUAUGUUAAAGAUUACUUAAAUAUACAUGUAGAAUUUUAAUACAUAUGCAUUUAUAGGUAUUUAAAUUCUACGUGUAUACUAAUGUAAUCUUUUAUGUAGUUAUAUGUAUAUAUAUAUAUAUAUAUAUAUAUACUGUAAUUCUAAGUGGAUUUUGUUACAUAUAUAUAUAUAUAUAUAUAUAUAUAUUAAUAGCAAAAUACAGUUAAAACUGAAAUUACAUAUGAAUAUAUUAUUUAUAUUAAAUUUUGUUUCAAUAUUUUAUUUAUUUAUUAUUGUAAUUAUACGUGUAUAUAUAUAAUAUAUGUGUAUAUAUAAUAUAUAUGUAGCAUCAUUCUAAGUCUAUUUUAAUAAUAAUCUAUGUACUUAUAUUAAUAUUAAAAUACACUUUGUAUGACGUUACAUAUAUAUAAUAAAAUAAAUAAAUAAUAUAUAUAAAUACAUUUCUAUUUUAAUUUUACACGUCUAAUAUAUUUUUUUUACAUCUCCCACCAGCAGGGGGACUGUCUGACAUUUUAGACAGUCCCCCUGCUGGCAGAUCCACAGUCAGCUAUAGGGGGCCAUGUAAUCGCUCUUUGAGAGCGAUCACAUGGCCCCCGGGGGCUUCUUUUGCCGUGGGAGGGCUGUCAGGCAGUCCUCCCGAAGAGGAUCGCGGCGGAGUAAGUAUCCCAGGCACUCUGGGGGCUGCAGCCGUUACGGCGUUCUAUGCCGCCGCAAUGGCUUUAAAGCCCAUUUAAUGCGGGACGGCAUAGAACGGCGUUAAGGGGUUAAAAUACAUAAUAACCCCAUAAUAGCCCUGACCUGUGUGACCAACAUAUUCAAAAAUCACCCAGAUCAGUUCAGGGGUUCAGGAAUUUCCUGGAAGUCAUAAUUUGACCAUCCGCAUGCAUGAUCCCAUGCCCAAAAUAGUUCCAGAGAAUCAGGGCUUGCGGUUGGUCUAGUUCAGUAGUUUCCAAACAAACAAAUACUGAACGUAGUCAGUAUUAAUACCGUGGAGCUUAUUCACCUCAUUCAGAGGAACGAUUACACCAAACAGCUUCGAAAAAGUAAAGUACCGCACGUAGGCUAUGAAGGAAGACCAGCGGUGUUCGGGAGUUUCAGUGACGACCAAACACUGCUGCCUGCGUUCGCAGGAACAAGAUGGCCGCCACCUCGUGGUCGACCAUACGAACUGCGGCCACCCACACGAAUAAUUCGACCGCUGCGGUUAGAAUCGUUAAGAGGAGGUGAUAGGGCUUAAAAAGCUCCCGGGUGGUCCUUGAGUCGUCUAUCUGUUCGGUUCCCGAACAGGAUAACAGAAAGUCAUGAACAAAAUUUUUUAUGAGCCUUUUUGCAUGGCCCAUAGUACUGAGGCAGGAGGCUGGCAAACAGGCCCCUCCAAGAAACAGUGGCGAGGUUACCUUAGUCACAAGUGUAAAAAUAAGCUUCAGAAGUACCUGUUUUCAUCUUUACUUUGAUCAGAUUUUCUGCUGCUUCUCUGAUUUAAUGUAAUUUCCCCAUUUGCUUUCUCCUUGCUUCCUGUGUUUCAGCCAGACUGUCCACCAGUGGCCAUGCUCCAUUGAUUCUCUAUGAGAAUCAGUAAUGACACGCCCAUACUGUGUGUCCACCAAUGGCCAUGCUCCCGUGAUCCUCUAUCAGAAACCGUAAUGACACACCUUACUGGGCGUGCCUGAGUUUCACUCAGCUCAACACAUGCCCACAAUGCCUGCCCAAGCCUCCUCGGAGUUCUCCGCAUUCAGACUCUAGAACUUACAAACAACAUCACACAAACAUUUCCUCACCACAUAAGAAAUCAUAAAGUGUCAUAUGAAUAUUAUUAAUAAAUAAAUAUAAAGAGACAGAAGCAUUCAUAAAUAUCUAAAGAGCUAUCUCUCUCUCUCUCUAGCUAUCUCUAUAUAUCUACCUAUCUAUCUAGGAGUUAACAGUGGGUAGAGAGGUUGUCUGACUGGGACUGACAGGGAAGGGGGUUAACAGUGAGUCGUUAGGUUGGCUGACAGGGAAGGGGUUAACAGUGAGUAGUGAGGUUGGCUGACAGGGAAGGGGUUAACUGUGGGUAGGGUGGUUGGCUGACUGGGACAGGCAGGGAAGGGGUUAACAGUGAGUAGUGAGGUUGGCUGACGGGCUGGCAGGGAAGGGGUUAACAGUGGGUAGGCAAAACAUUUUACAGCACUGCAGGAAAACCACACAGAAUUUAAAGAGAAGAAACUAAUCACUGGUAUUUUUACCGUUAAUGUAAGCUUAACUUGUUUAUCUGCCUGGAGUGUCCCUUUAAAUAUAAAUAUAUAUUAGAUACUACAUUCUCAGUUCCAUUUAAUGAUUUUGAGAGCUUUUUGCAAACAAUCAUGUGGACCAUGUGCACACACACACAUUCUGAUAAGACACUGGAAAAAGCCCAAUAUUUAUUUUGUGUCAAGUAUUCUGUUUAUACAUAGAAAUAAACUGUGUAACGUCCAUAUAUGAAUAUAAGAGGAUAAAAUAAAUGUACCAUUUCUCUCAAAUGGCUGCCAGUGAUAGGCUGAGAUUGUCAGAUGAUGCUUCCAGACUCACCAAACUGAGAAUUGCUAGGAAUUCAAAAUGGAUUCAGAGUGCAUUUCAAAUUUAAGGACAAAAUAGACAAACUAGAAAAAAAUAAAUUCUCCAAUUCAGCCAUGUUUGCAGUUUGGCUAUUUUUACCCAAAUACAAAAUUUAUUUUGAAUUCUUGAUAAUCCUAUGUGAUGUCAUGACAUGACACCAUGUGUGAUGCAAUGUCCCUGAGAUCUCUCCCUUCUUCCUGUCAUGGAAUGAAGUAAUAUAUAAUAGAAGAAAAUUAUCCAGGCACUCCAAAUUGUUCCAAACCAAUAGGCACCUUUUAUUGGACCCAAGAACCUUCCAGUUCCUUCCAGAUAAGGUUCUUCUGGAUUUUCAGGGCUAAGAAAGGCCUAAAAAUAAUAUUUGUUAUAAUCAGUAUAUCUGAAAGUCUCUGCUAAAUAAAGUUAUAUCUUAAGCAACAGAUAACAUAUUGUAAAAAAAAAUACAUAAGAACUAAAUCACGUCUUAUCUCCUUAAAAAUACCUCAUAAUUUGUAAUACUGUUUUCUAUGUUUGGAAAAACCUGUGGCUUUGAGGUGAUUUCAUGUGAUUAGUGCCUUUAACCUUAAAGGGACUCUCCAGUGACAGGAAAAAAAAACAGUUUUCCUGGCACUGCAGGUCCCCUCUCCCUCCCACCCCAUGUUGCUGAAGGGGUUAAGAACCCUUCAGUGACUUACCUGUAUCCAGCGCCGAUGUCCCUCCAAGAAAUAGUUCUUCUAUUAUAUGUUACACGUGGUCUCUUUGGUACUGGGACUGAUCCGGGAGCACCCUGAGAUUCCAUGGCGGUGGGAUGAGUGCAGUUCCGCCAUCUACAUAUCAUGGAUUGAAGUAAUGUCCUAAUGCCAGGAAGGCAAGUUACAUUCAUCAAGGUAUAGAUAUAAUGUAUAUGUUGUGCUACUGUUAUCGUCGGCAAAUGUAUAAAAUAAUAAUUUUGGUGCCAUCUUAUUGUCUUGAAAUGCAUUGGACAUCCUUGUGUCACUCAUUGGUUACAAUGUACACUUGACUGAAGAUCCCUUCUUCCCCAUCCAGUGUGACGUCCUGGAAUGGGUGAGACUAAGGUACAUGCAGCCAGCAUAACCCCCAAAUAAUGCUCAAAGCCAAGAUUUUUAGAAUGUUGCUGCACUCCAGGAGUUGUGGGAUACAAUUGCAUCACUAUGAAGUGAGGCACCUCUGGUUUGGGAAGUAACUUUAAACAUUAAUUUUAAAUUUUGAUCCUGUGAUAUAAGCAAAAGUUAAAAUCUUGUUGCUACCUGAACUAUGUAAGUUUACAAAUAUACUCUGUUUUACACUCACUGCAGCCAGACUAUUUAGACAACAUCAGUACACGGACAGGUCAUUCAGUGAUGCCUACCUAUCACAGUAAUCCUGUUACCAAUUCCUAGUGAUAGCCAGCAUGUGACAUUAGCUAUUGAAGAUGUUCCUUUUAGAGCCAAUAAGACAGUCAGACAUAGCUACAGAGUUCCCAGGUAUAAUUAGUAAUGAGCCAAAACUAGGAGCCCAAACACACAGAUUUCAACUAAAUCUGACAGACUGGAAUAGCAAUGUUUAUAUAUGAUGUAUUAUACAGUGAGUUUCUCUGAUUAGUUGCAAUCUGCCAUUUGUUAUCUGUCCUUAUCUUACAAUCAGUUUGUUUAUUUUUUCAUAGCUUUUGAGGCCAGCAGAAUGAGAGCCAGGAUGUGUAGACAUGAAUUUGAGCAGGUGAAACAGAAGAGAUAUGAGCUUUUUAGCAAGUGUUUUGAGCAUGUUUCUAUAGCUAUCGAUCAAAUCUACAAGAAGCUCUGCAGAAAUACCAGCGCUCAGGUUUGCACGCCUUCACUUGUUGCCUUGAAUUUACUGAUACAUUUACCAUAACGUAACUUAAAAGUCAUUUUAGAUUGAAUCGUGCAACACUAUGCUUAAGUUACUUUUGAAGUUAGUGGCCAUACAUGCUAACUUGAUGUUAUAUUAGCCACUUCACUACUGAGCACUUUUUGAUUUACAAAUAUUAGCAUAGCAUGUAUUUAAAGCAAGGAAUGCAUAGCUAGCAUGUGAAUAUAUCACAGCACAUUAAUCGUGUGUAUAUAUUGCUUUGCAGACAGAUGUAAAAAUUAAAAUUAUGCAAAUGUAUACAAUUUUAUAAAAAAUAUUUGGGAAAUGAAAAGCUUUGGACAGUAUACAGUUUCCUUUAUCUUGCAAUAUUUUACACAUGGUCUGAAAUUUUAAAUACCCAAGCAAAGAUGCAUUUUCUAACACACAGUUGAUAUAUAGAUAAGUAAAAUGGGCAAAUACCUUUCUUAUAAGUAUUUGUAAGAACCCUAAAGGCAUUAUUUGCAUUAUAACUUACUAAAAAUGGAAACAGGGUAUGAAAAGAAUGAAUAUUAUCCCCACAUACUGUAAAUGCAGUUAAAUCAUAUAUUUCUAAAUUAAAUUUAUUUAAUACCACUAUAGCAAUAUUUAUCAAUCUCUGGAACUGCUAAUGUAAUGCUAACAGUUACAUGGUAGAUUCAAUUCACUCUUCCCCCUUCCCUGACUGUAGGAAUAGUAUGUCCCAUCAAAACUUCCUUUAAUGCUUGAAAGUUUGGGGUGAGCUUAAAUUUUUUGAAAAUUUGGCAUUAUAUCAGUGACUAGUGGCUUCUAUCAGAGAAAUGUUUCCUCUACAGGCUGGUAAUCAUAACUAGAUAAUAAAUUAAAAUGAGUGAGGCUUUAUGGACUAGAUUUUAUCCUGCAAAUUACAUGAAAAUUAAACUGCUAAUGCUCAAUUUAGGUAGAGAAGUGAUUAAAGGAAAACUAGAAACAUAGAAUGUGACGGCAGAUAACCAUUCAACCCAUCUAGUCUGCCCAAUUUUCAUUAGUCGCUGGCCUUAUUUUAUAGUUAGGAUAGCCUUAUGCCUAUCCCACACAUGCUUAAACUCCUUUACUUUGUUAACCUCUACCACUUCAGCUGGAAGGCUAUUCCAUGCAUCCACUACCCUCUCAGUAAAGUAAUACUUCCUGAAGUUAUUCUGAAACCUUUGCCCCUCUAAUUUAAGACUAUGUCCUCUUGUGGUGUUAGUUUUUCUUCUUUUAAAUAUAGUUUCCUCCUUUACUGUGUUGAUUCCUUUUAUGUAAACUAUGUAGUAAAAGUCACCCACUAUUUAAUAAGAAACACAAACAUAAAAAUAAAUAUACACAUUUUAAUCUUAGAGUGUUCUUCUAAACAAAUAAUUUUAACAGCCAAGUGUAUAGCUAGUUUAAUUCCACUUUUUGGCAGCAUUAUAGUAGAUUCACAGACAUAAAAUAUUAGCUGGGGUAAUUGUGAAUAUGAACUUGACAGCAUUCGUUGCAUUCAGAUAUACUUGUGGUUACCUUCUCUGAUGUUGAAGCAGUCUUCCUAAUCUUUUCAUAUCUUUUUCAUAUGUUUAUAUAAAGGAUGAACCCACUGCAAAAAAUAGUCUUCUACACUUUUCAGGUGACCAACUAAACACCCUUAUAUAUAGAGGCAGGAGCCAAACAGUAGCCAUAGAAGUAUGAUGUUUAAAAAAAGGUUGUAAGAAACAUAUUCCUCUAUACUAAUACAUAAUAGUUCAACAUAACUGGAAAGGACAUCGUUUUGUUCCACAAGAGAAGGCGUGAUACUGUAAAGGCAGUGGGCUGGUGCUGUAAAGUAUAGGGGUCAAGAAGUGGAGAGAAAGGGUUGGCCAGGAUCACAUCCUAGUCAGUGUAGGAAAAUUCCAGCUAUUUUAAACCUUGCCUUCCUCUCAGCUCUCCAGUUCUUUCUGUCCUGCACAUGUGCAGUUCUCUCGCUCUCUCUCUCUAUUAAUUUCUCUUUGUGUAGUAAUUAAUACUUGCUAGUAUUAGCAUAUACUAUUCCUCUGUAUGUAUGGUGGCUUCUGGUAUGUCUUACAUAACUGUAGGAUUGUCUAGAAGACUCUAGAUGACUGUAAGCAGGACUUCUACCAUGAAAAUUAACGUUGAUUUAAUGGUAUUCUAUAGUUCCAGGGGGAAAAGGCCGUUUUCCUGGCACUAUAGAAUAUUACAGUGCCCCCUACCUUGCACUGCCCCCCCUCCCGCGGCACUGAAGGGGUUUAAACCCCUUCAGUCACUUACCUGAAUCCAGCACCGAUGUCCCUGUUACCUGAAUCCGCCCAUGCCCCUCCCCUGCCGACGUCAGUCAGUGGGGGAGACCGAAUGUGCUAUGGCCGCACUCGCAUUAAGAUUUCCCAAUAGGAAAGCAUUAAUCAAUGCUUUCCUAUGAGGUAAAAAAUAGGACGUUGGAGGACCUCAUGUAGAGCGUGAGGACGUCCAGCGUCAGAUACCGGACCAAAGGUCCGUUUCAAAGCAGGAAGCCCUCUAGUGGCUGUCUGGUAGACAGCCACUAGAGGUGGAGUUAACCCUAAGAGGUAAUUAUUGCAGCUUCUCAGAAACUGCAAUAAUUACCACUAAAAAGUUAAGGGACAUGGACAUUGCAUCCAGACCACUCCAAUGAGCUGAAGUGGUCUUGGUGCCUACAGUGUCCCUUUAAUAAUUUGUGUUUGAUAUUUGCCAUGAAUUUAAAGGGACACUCCAGGCACCCAGACCACUUCUGCCCAUUGGAGUGGUCUGGGUGCCAACUCCCACUACCCUUAACCCUGCAAGUGUAAUUAUUGCAGUUUUCAUAAAGUGCAAUAUUUACCUUGCCGGGUUAACUCUUCCUCUAGUGGCUGUCUACUAGACAGACACUAGAGGGCACUUCCGUGUGUAGAGCAUACUAUGUGAGGACCUCCAGCGUCACUGAAAUCCCCAUAGGAAAGUAUUUUUCGAUGCUUUCCUAUGGGGAGGUCUAAUGCGCCACGCAUGCGCAACAGGUCUCCAGCUGCCGCGCAUGCGCAACAGGUCUCCCCGCCAGAUGACAUCGGCAGGGAAGGAGUGUGGGCGGACCCUGAACCAGCGCCGAGGGACAUCGGCGCUGGAUACAGGUAAGUCACUGAAGGGUUUUUAACCCCUUCAGCAACAUGGCGUGGGAGGGAGAAGGGACCUGCAGUGCCAGGAAAACUGUUUGUUUUCCUGUCACUGUAGAGUCCCUUUAAGGUUUAAGGCACUAAUCACAUGAAAUCACCUCAAAGCCACAGGUUUUUCCAAACAUAGAAAACAGUAUUACAAAUUAUGAGGUACAUUUAAGGAGAUAAAACGUGAUUUAAUUCUUAUGUAUUUUUUUUUUUUUAGAAUAUGUUAUCUGUUGCUUAAGAUAUAACUUUAUAUAGCAGAGACUUUCAGAUAUACUGAUUAUAACAAAUAUUAUUUUUAGGCCUUUCUUAGCCCUGAAAAUCCAGAAGAACCUUAUCUGGAAGGAAUAGGUUAUAACUGCGUUGCACCUGGAAAGCGCUUUAUGCCCAUGGACAAUUUAUCUGGUGGAGAGAAGUCUGUGGCUGCAUUGGCACUAGUGUUUGCAAUACAUAGGUAGGUCUCCCGUCCCGUUCAAGACAUUGGUCACUUGCAGACAAAUCUAACUUUAACUGUGUAUUGUGGGCUAGGAUGAGCCAUUUUAAAGAUUUAAAGGAAAACAAUGGCAGUUUUUCUUGUUAGAUAACUGCUUACAUUGCAAACAAUGUGAGCAGCAAUGUAAACAGAAGCACUCCAAUUAAAGUGGCACUGUCAUGCCAAACUUACUUCUUUAAUCGCUUCCUCUUCUCUCCCUCUGUCAGGAUCUGUUCUUCAUUUCUUCCUGUCUACCCUAGUUUUCUUUAAAACAUAAGACAAAGUAGGGACUACUUUGUCUUAUGGAGAUUUCCUAUGCCUGACCAUAUAUGACCGGCGGACGAGCAAAGUGUGCUCCGUUUCCUAUGGUCAGAGACAUUUUCCCACAAUUCUCACCUUUCCUCCGUGCUCUCGGGAUGCCUCCUUUCCGAAUUCCCGAACGCCAGCAAAACUACCGAAUUCCGUCCUAACAGAAUGAAAGCAGUUUGUCCAUUCGGGACUUUGUUCGGUUCGUAAUUUCAUUCAAAUCUUUCAGCCAACUUUACCAAUACCAAGUAAAAAUGACUUGGUAUUAGUAAUUAAUAUGCCCAUACUCGCUAUUUCAAGCCAACCAAUCAGUGCUGUGACAGGUAAAUGUAGAGACUUAAAUGUACUGUACUGUAGUUUUUUAUUUUAUUUUUUAAAUUUGACUUGUAAUAUGAAUUUUUCUUUGGCCUUUUUUGGGGCUGAAAAAAGAAGAUUUUAGAAAAAAGAAGACAUCAAAUGGUAAGUUAUUUUUUAUUUACAGGGAUUUAGUUUUCUCGUUCCCCCCUCACUAUUUUUAGGGUGAGGGGGGAAGUAGGUUUUAUUAAAAUAAAAUUGUGUGGCGGGGUGACUAGGAGCUUGGGGACCUCUAGUCACGGUGGGAGGGGAGGUAUUUACACUAAGCUUCCACCCGCCGCUCAUGGGUGGGGGCCGGGGGGAAGGACAAUAGAUUUCCCCCCACACUCCGCUCAAGGGUGGGGACCAAGGGGGACCAUUGUCCCCCGUUUACUUGAAUAGCCCCCACCAUGGGGCCAUUUAUCGGGGGGGUGGUAUUUUUUAUUUAUUUUUUUUUUUUACAACUGUGGCUGCUCACUGUUUACUAGACAUUCCCCUACUCGCGAUGUAGCGAGUAGGGGCAGAUUAAUUACUAAUACCAAGUAAUUUUUACUUGGUGUUAGUAGAGUUGCCUGAAAGACCAAUCUCGUGGGAAUUAGGGAGCUAGCUACUGAGCGGCUGCAAGAUGCAGCCGUGAUCAGAUCGGAAUUUCAUUCAUUCGAAUGAAAUUUCGAACAGAAAAACGUCCCGAAUUUCAUCCUAACACAAAUUGACGAACUGCUCUCAUUCUGUUAGGACGAAAUUCGGUAGUUUUGCCAGCGUUCGGGAAUACGGAAAGGAGGCAUCGCAAGAGCACGGAGAAAAGGUGAGAAUUGUGGGAAAAUUUCUCUGAACACAGGAAACGGAGCACACUUUGCUCCUCCGUUGGUCAUAGAUGGUCAGGCCUAGUAAACCUCCAUAAGACAAAAUAGUCCAUACUUUGUCUUAUGUUUUAUAGAAAACUAGAGCAGACAGGAAGAAAUGAAGAACAGGUCCUGACAGAGGGAGAGAAGAGGAAGCGAUUAAAGAAAGUUGCAGGCAUUCAGUUUUUCUUACAUUAAUUUUGACUGUGAUCUGCUAUUGGCGUGGGUCUCUGUCAGUUACUGAACUGUAUUAUUUUUUAUUGUAAUUUAUAAAGCACCAAAAAUGGGCACUGUACAAUGGGUAAAGACCUUCAUGGGCGUGACAUUUGACUGGUAUGGUUAUAUUACAUUUAAAGAGAAGCAUAAACAUUAGUUAAACUAGCUCUGUGUGACUACGCAUUGUUCAAUAUUUUGCCAACACCCUCACCAACAGCAGGUCAAAGGGGGUCAAGCCCAUAACAGGUUGAUAUCAUGCAGAGAAUAGGAGGUGAAAACAGAAGCUGAGGAAGGAACCUCAUGAACUCCAAAAUAGUUUGUUUUACAUUUACAAGGUGCCUUUAUUAGAUUACUGAGAGUUUGGCUAACAGAAACAUAUUCCAUUAUUUUCCUCGAGUGAUUUUAUUUUAUUUCACAUUUGUAUUUGUUCUUAUUUGUCAGCAAUACAGUACUUCUACUAUGUAUUACUGAGAUUUUAAAACAAAUGCAAAAACAAAGGAAAACAGUAAAAUGACUUCACUCCAGAGCCCUGAUUCACUUCCAGUGUUGUGAUCCAAAGAGUGGCAGAGAAGGCGUGAAUCUGGGCCUUCUCUAACUCUCCAUGACAGGAUUAUGGCAGUUCACAAAGAAAUGUGCAGUAAAUACAGCCUCCUGCAUCAUUUAUUUGACUUUGUUAAAUAUUUGUAUUGCCUUGUUGUAAUUUAGGUCACUAUUUAAUAUUUUUGGAUACCUUUUAUAAAAUAUAUAUUUUUUUAAAUAAAAGAUUUUUUUUUAUAUACUUUCUGUUGACUGGAAUGUCUUUUGGCACAUGCUCAGAAGCUGAGGGUGCACAUUCUGAAACAUGCAAGAAUGAGUAUAGAUCCUCUGGUUUGCAUCACUGUUACGGCCUACAAGACCCUCACAAGCAGCUGCCUGACAUCUACCAGGGCGUUCAUAUCAGCAUGUCCAGACUCAAGGCUUCCUCUCUUGCUUCUACAGCUAGUACCUGGGUGAAUAGGGUUCAAACAGGAAUCAAACUGUAUGAAAGUCUUCCUAUGCUGGUCUGUCAAAAUCACCUUGGUAACAGCUGAAGCUUCCUUAGUUCUAUGUUCGCUGCUGGCAGAAAGGCUACAUGGUUACUGAUCUUCUACUGUUCUGCUCCUUGAGUAACUGGUGUCAUAUUAGGGAGCUUGCACUAUUUUAACUGCCAGGCACGCCCUUUAUUUAGUUAUUUAUUGUUGAAUAUAAUUGAAUGCUCUACUGCCUCCAAACAGUUUGACCGAAAAUUAAUGUAGAUGAGCAGUGUUCAUGAUAGACUUCCUAAUGCAUUCUACUGGUCUUGAAUGAGACUGGAGAUAUGUCCCUUGGGUUUUGUGUGUUUUUUUUUUUUUUAAAGAUGGUAUAAACAGCUCUGAGAGGCUGUAUGUGCAUGUUCCCUGAUCUUAGACCUGAAUUAGAAAAUACUGCACAACAUAGAUCACCUCUUGCAAGUUAGAGAUAAGGGUGUGAGCUGAUACAGAGUUUUGUAUUUAUCCUGCUCCCCCCAUCAGCCAUUUGACAUUGCUCAAUUUUUUUCCUUCCAUAACUCUCAAUUAGUUUACAAAAAAAAAGAUGGCGAUUGGUGCUUUGAAUUUCUAAAACAAUUUCCCAUAAAUUGAAACAAAAUCCAAAAAUCAUUACAAAGAUAUUAACCCUCCCCCAGCUCUAUCAGCCAUUCAAUGUUAACCGAGUUGAAUGAAAUGGACAUUAAAGUGUUCAUUCUGCAUUUUAAAAGAUGGGAGCGGUCCCUAGAUGUACAUAUGCUGUAUGUGGUUUUUUUAAUACAAUAGUUUGACAAAAUGUUUUUAUAGUAAUUGUAAGAUUUUGAUUGUUUACAGUUUUCGUCCAGCCCCCUUUUUCAUUUUGGAUGAGGUUGAUGCUGCUUUGGACAAUACAAAUAUUGGCAAAGUAAGUUACAGCGGGGGAAUAAAGCCCCUUAUAGAGCCAAACAAAUAACGCUAAAAUAACCUUUCUUUUUUAUUUACAUAUAUGGCAUUUUUAAGGGACCCAUAAGGUUUUAGAAAAAAACUUUAUAUUCCUACCUUCAGUAAAAAAAAACACAAAGGGAGAGUUUCCAUGUUUUAUCACCAUGUUCUCAAUCAGAACAGGACAUCUCCAAAAAAUAGAUAUUGUAAUGCAUAAAACUGCAUUUUUAUGGCUGCAGUGUUAGUGAUCCAGAUAGGGAUAUUCAUCAAAUUGGGGAAGUUGCAUAUUUUAGGCCAAAGGAGCAAAGCUGGAAAAAUAUUCUGAACUGGAGAAUUUUAAACAUCUAUUUUUCUGUAUAUCUUUUAAAUCCGAGAGAUGAUCAGAGCUCAAAAAGACUGUAAAAAGUGCAGAAAAAAAAGCUGCAGAAAAUUACAUUUAUUUAUUUGAUUUGAUUGUACAUUAGUGACAAUAAACUUUUAUAGGUGUUUUUUCAGCACAUUGCUACCAAUUUGAAGACCUAAACAUUCAAACAGUAAUGCCCUUUAUUUUGUGGAAUUCCAAUAUAAUAAUGCUCAUUCUCUUGCAAAUUACCUUAAGAUUUUUAACAAAUUUGUGUUUCAGUACACUUUUAUUAUACAUUUUAAUCUCUUAAUAUAAAGACUAACAAAAUGUACAGAAAACAGAGUAUAUGAUCAUUUUUAUUUUAAUUCCCAAUCCUUAUUAUAUUGAUAUUCACUUACACUUUACUAGUGCUAUGUGUUUAUUAUGUAAAAGAAUUGUACCUACAUUCAAAAAAAAUAAUAGUACUCCAAAAGUAAAGUCCCCUAAUUUUAACCGUAAUUAAUUUUUUCUUCUUGCAUCGACCCCCCAGUCCAAAUUAUGAGACCUGGAGGUUUAAAUUCUGCAUGUUUUCUUGUUAAUGCAGGAUGCGCUUAACUGUAGCGGUUUAAUGCUAAUCCAAGAUAAUUUGUACAGGGUGCUAAAUGGUGCAGUCCCAAUAACCAAUUAGAAAAUCAGAUACAAUAUAUACGAUAAAUCAUAGCACAUGACAUUAUACAAUAAUUGUUAUUAGUACAAAAAUAGCAAAGUCAGCAUUAGUAAUGUGCAUCAUAUGAGUAAAACAUGUUAAUACAAUCUCACCGAUGUGUACAAUGACAUCUCCAAGUGUUCACAAUAUAAAUAUACACAUUAAAGGACCACUCUAGGCACCCAGACCACUUCAGCUUAAUGAAGUGGUCUGGGUGCCAGGUCCAGCUAGGGUUAACCCAUUUUUUCAUAAACAUAGCAGCUUCAGAGAAACUGCUAUGUUUAUGAAUGGGUUAAGCCUUCCCCUAUUUCCUCUAGCGGCUGUCUCAUUGACAGCCGCAAGAGGCGCUUGCGUGCUUCUCACUGUGAUUUUCACAGUGAGAGCACGCAAGCGUCCAUAGGAAAGCAUUGUAAAUGCUUUCCUAUGAGACUGGCUGAAUGCACACGCAGCUCUUGCCGCGCGUGCGCAUUCAGCCGACGGGGAGGAGGAGAGCUCUCCGCCCAGCGCUGGAAAAAGGUAAGUUUAACCCCUUUUCCCCUUUCCAGAGCCGGGCGGGAGGGGGUCCCUGAGGGCACUAUAGUGCCAGGAAAACAAGUAUGUUUUCCUGGCACUAUAGUGGUCCUUUAACCAAAUCUGAUACAAAUACUCUAAACCCACAAGUGUUACCUUUAAUUUGAUGGAUAAUUGCGGCCUGGUGUGUCAUUGUACAUUGAAAAAUUGUAAGAUUGAAAAAAUAUUUUAUACUCAUGAUGCACAUUACUAGUGCUGACUUUGCUAUUUUUGUACUAAUAAUACUAAUAAUAAUAAUUUUGUACUUAUAAUACUAAUAAUGACUAUGUUGUGCUAUGGUUAUCUUAUACUGUAGAAUGUUUCUGCUGUUGAUGUAACAGAAAGCAAAAGCCCAGUUUGAAACCUCUAUAGGCAGAAAAUUCCCCAUCAUCAUGACUUUGUUUGCGGAAGGGGAAAUCUUCUACCCUUAAGCCAAUUCGAUAACCUCUUGUCCGUUGUACCAUUCUAUUGAUUAGUAGAUCAUCAGAGGGCUUUUUAGUAUUGGCCCAGCCGUAUAACUGUCACAAAAUCAUCUGAACUGGUGUAACAUGUAUCUUGUUUUAGUUGUUACCGGUCUGUUUUGCUUUUAGGUAACAAGUUAUAUCAGAGAGUUGUCACGAGAACAUUGCCAGAUGCUGGUUAUUUCUCUGAAAGAAGAGUUUUAUUCUACAGCUGAUGCAUUGAUUGGAGUCUGUACAGAGGUAAAGAAAAUUUAACUAAUGUGUAAUAUUUUCUCAAAUUAAAUAUUCUAGAGCAGAAAUGUCUGGUUUUAGCUUUUCAGCACUGGGCCCAAAUGUUGUUGGCAUAAUAUCAAGAUGGGACCAGCUAACAAUCAAGGUAUAAGUUAACACGCUGGCUAUGCAAUAGGUUAAAUUAAAUAGUCAAGAAUUAAACAGGCUACCUGGAUACUAUGUUAACUGGUGGGAUUCAGAAUGUGAAUUAUUUCUUCACAUAAAUAUUGAGUGUUAAUAAAACUAAGCACUGUGUACUCCCAUUAUGUGAUAGAAUGUACCAACGACUGUUAGUAGGGGGUCCUGGGAUGCUAUUUCAACUUUUAUUUAUUAAUGACCUAAGCAGUUGGAGAGAGAUAUCUGCAGUCUUUAAAUAUGCCUCAAAAUGUGCAAAUUCCAGGGCAAUAUACAAUCAAUUCAUUGGGAUCACUGUUAUCAUUUGCAGGACCCUGUGCAAGAAACAUUUGCUAAGCCCACUCCCACAUCCACAUACAUGUAAUUAACCAUAUCCACACAGCUAACCAUACCUUUCCACAUACCCCAACCUAAUUAGCAACAGGUUCAUGCACAUACGUAACACACACAAACAUUCAAUAGAUAAACAAAUAUACAUACACAAUCAUAAAUACAAUAACACACACACGGACACAUUGAGAAGCAUACUCGAGCUGCACAGACUUACAUUGACAGUCAUACACUGAUACUCAUACAGACACUCACAUUCUAAGUAGUAUCCCUCCACUCUGGACUGCUCUCCUAGGAUCCACCUAUUGAGGAGGGCACAAGAGUUCCUUCCUGCCUCUCCUUGAUGUCACAUUCUGGCAACCGCUUUCACUAACGUAAAUGUGCACUUAGUGUGCCCUCUGGGUGUGUGCACACAAUUACCAUCCAGGACCCACAUUGUCUUUGUGUGGAAGCUGCAGGAUCACAACUUCCACAUCCAUGGGCCCCUACAAAGUGCAUGACUCAGGUUCAGAGGCUCAUUCGCCUUGCCUAAACUGUGUUCCUGAAAUUCAGCUUUGAUUAAUGUCUGAACUCCAAUACCUGGCAUGGAAUGGACAUCUGGGGCUGAUUUCUAAGCAGACACAGCACAUUCAAGGGAAAUCUCCAAAUAUGACCCUCAGUUGUCCCUUUUCAUGAACUUUCCAGAACAUUUACAAUUUGAUAGCCUAUUUGGAUCCAUGUAAUGCUUGUAUGUGAAAUAAAUAAUAUAUAUAAAUAUGAAAGACAAUGCAUUUAGCCAGUAAUGUGUUGGGAUGUAGCUGCUGAUACAUGACUAUACACUAGGGGGAGCCAACAGGUAGGGUUCCAUCUGUUUUAUUAAAUGCACUCUGUAAGCACAGUAACAAUCUAUGCCCUUUGCAUAGUUUAAGGUACAACUGUUUCCCUGAACACCUUAAGGGUUAUCUACUAAAGUGAGAACUAAUGUGAAUUUCAGAUUUAACACCAUAGAAGCUGACCUGGAAGCAUAGCUGGAUUGGAGAAUUGUUUCCAAGUUAGACUAUUUUGGUCUUACAUUUGAAAUUCAUUGUGAAUUCCCGACGAUUCUCACUUUAGUAAAUAAACUUGAUUGUCUUAUAUAUGUGCAAAAAUCACCCUAAUAACGAAGGUGUAGUUAACCCCUCCUCUGAGAAAUAUGCCAGGACAAACCAGAUGCUUCAUCUCUGCCCAAUCAAGUACCUUUCCAGGGAUGUGCACUGUAUUCUCACGUACAAUUCAGAGGAUUUUGCACAGCAAUCAUGUCUGAUAAAUCUAAUCACAAAACUGUGAAUGGAGAGGUUAGUAAGCAUAGCAGACACUGUAUAAUAUGAUGAAACUACUGCAGAUUGCUGAACUGCUUGAAUAGGUUAUAUACACACCAAUGCCAUUGUAUAUAAUGCUGGCAGCCUAACUGUCUGAGUCACUUCCUGGUUUGAUGAGAGCUUACUGCAGAAUCUCCAAACCCAAAAGGUAUCCAGCAAAUUGAGGUGGUUUUUUUUUUGUAUUUCAGUUUUUAGUUUUAGGGAUUUUUCUUAUUCAAUCUUGGGGCUGUAUUGGUUAUGGUGCUUAGAGUGCCCCUUUUAAUAUAAGACAAAAUUAAUUAUUAGAAAUUGUGGGUAGUAUUAUAUUUGUGAAUUCUACAGAAGUUGGCAAAUAAAAUGUUAUUAGCAUAUUAGGCUAAAUUGCUAGAAAAAGUAUGGAAUACAUGUUAUUUGUAGAGUUUCUUUUUUGGUAUACAGGUUUAAACUACCAGUUUGGUUGCUGCUUUGAAAUGCAAACCAAAUCCGUUUUCUGCCAUAGUCCUACAUUUUUAAAUCAGGACUUGUAGGUUUGCUACAAAUUGCUGAGCUAAAAAUUUGUUGAGUUGGAGAAUUUUACUUUAGUGGCCUACAAAUUGCACAUUUUCUUGUCACUGUGUGAGUGACAUUAAACUAAGUGUUUGAAGGUCAGACAGAUUAGCUUGUGUUUGCUGGUAGUUUCGGCACUAUGUUUUGUGUAUAUGCAAUUUAUUUUAAAUUUGUAAGCACAUCCUAUAAUUUGUAAAAUGUUAUACCUACCUGAAACUGGUCUUGACAUUUGCAGAGUAAAGAUUCCCUUUACAAAAGACCUCUUUUGGCUCCCGGGACCCCUACGCCCACAGCACCUACACCCCCUACCAACUACAGCCUUGACAUUAAAGCACUGGGAUGAAGAGAGGGGAGAGAUCAAAGAGAAAUAAAAAGAGGCGCCAUUAUCUCUUGUCUAGCGGUGGGCAUCCCAUCCCUGGACACAAAAACAUGGAAGGAGGCGUGCUGCUCCAUGAUUAACCAUAUAUACAAGGACAACAGCUUGCUGCCCUUUCCAGAACUCCAAACACAGUACAAUAUACCCAGCAGAGCACUGUUCUCAUAUCUACAAAUGAAGUCAUUACUCACAGGUGUCCAAAUACAAAACCACGAACCAUCACUCCCACACAAAGCUGACAACCUCUGCUUAAUGGGCAGACCACCAAAGAAAACACUCUCAACACUAUACACUGCCCUACUGGCAGAGGACGCAGUGACUGACAUGACUUUCCAAAAAGCAUGGCACACAGAACUGGGGCAUACUCUGGGGACAGAUGCAUGGCAGCAGGCCUUUAUAAUCAAUAAAGGAAACACACUGUGCACCACACACCUAGAGACCAUUUGAAAGCGGCAAUAUAGAUGGGACAUGGUACCAGAGAAACUAGCUGCGAUAUACCCAGGCACACCCAACGUAUGCUGGAGGUGUGGGGACACGGAGGGAUCGAUGAGUCACAUAUGGUGGUCAUGUACUAACAUUAGACAGUACUGGGGUGAGGUGGAAAAGAUAGCAGUAAAAAUAUUAGGUAGACCAUGGCCACUAAACAUAAUAAGUAAAACUGAAGAAAGACUGAUAUUCCACUUGCUAAUGGCAGCAGUAACACUCAUAGCUAGGGCAUGGAAGUCACCGCAGGCACCCAUGAAAGAGGCCCUAAUACACCAAAUCUCCCUCAACUGGAAAUACAAGCUGAUGGCCGACAAACACCUAGGGCAGCGGAAACACACUGGUCAAGCGUGGGAGAGAUGGAGGGCAUACUUAGACAAACACCACGCUCAACACAGGGGGAGGGGGGGAGGGCUAGGGAGACCAACCAGGGGGAUUAGACAGCAGACACAAUGCGAUAACUCAAAACAGAGCAACCAAACAACAUGUAAAGGACCAGACAAGUCCUAAGCAGAUAUCAAAAGGGAGCGGGGAAGAGACAUUGGGAAAGAAAAGGGAAUGUGAAAAUUGUCAAGUGUGUAUGAACCCCAUGCUGUAAUAAAAUGUUCCUGCUCUAUCCCUUUCUACAUUCUGUACCCUGGCUAGCAGGCGCUGAAAGUUAAACAAUGUGAAACACUAAUAAAACCAAGUUUUCAAAUAAUAAAAAAAAAGUGAUUUCUCAUUUAUACAUCCAAUAUUAAUAAUUAAUAAUUUUUCUUAUCAUUCAGCAAGAUGAAGCCAUUUUGAGUCAAGUUCUGACCCUGGACCUUACCAUGUAUGCGGAAGAUGAGGAAAGUGACCAGAAAAAGUAGAUUGGCAGUCUGAGAGACCCAGUACUGUUUACGUUUUUAUUGUAUGUUUACAAUCCAUACAUCGUCGUAUGGUUAUGUGGUUUGGGCUCUUUCAACAUGUAUAAAUCUGUUUUUGGUAAUAUUUUGAAUUUGAUUAUCC